AGUGCCAUCCUCUCUAACCUAUCAGUGUGGGAAGUAAGCGUGCCACCUAUGAAGUCAGCAGUCCCCAACCCCCACCCUGAACACAUGUUAAACAUCCUCUGGGCACAGGCUGAGCGCAGCACUGAGACACAGCUGAGAAUUGGAGGGAGAGAGAGAGAGAGAGGGAGGAAGGAAGCAGUGAAGUGGAAAUAUGGGUGAGCAUCAGAGAAAGACAGAAAUAGAGCGAUAAAGGAGUGAAUUAGGCAGAGAGAGGAAGAGAACGAGGAGGAGGAGGAGAGUGUUUGAGUGAGGCAGCGAUGCUUCGUGCAGACUGGCUGGUUUUCUCGUGAGCCCUCGUCGUGCGUGGACGUGAGAAUCUCAUGGAUUUGAGCCUCAUUGGAAUUCGUUGCACCUGGAUUUGAAACAUCUGCACUCUGAGGAUGCGACCGAGGCUGGAUGUUUGGAUCCAUGCGGGCCUGUGACGUCUGCAACCCCCUUGAGUGGCUACCUUCUUCUUCUUCUUCUUCUUCCUCUUCUUCUUCUAAGGAUGUCUCCGGCAGCUCUGACCCAGAUUGUGGAGCGGUGGCUCCUCGCCGCGCGCCGCUCCUCCUCGGGUGGUCUGUGAACGUGAUGCUGCGGAUGAGGCAUGCUCUACACCUCGACCGUGAGCUCAGCCUGCUGACAUCUGUCUCCGUGGUAACACACAGCAACGAGAAGGGUAAGGAUGCUCUCCUCUGACCUGCACGCUUGGAUUGUCAAGCUGAAGGGGGGUGGUGGUGGUUGCAUGCGUGCACGUGCCCGGGUGUUGUGUUUAUACAUAUCAAAUCAGCACAGCAAUGCAGACCCAGACUCACAUUCUCUCUGCGUUGGUAAAUUUCUUCAAACAGUGCCAUAUUGUGGCUGUGACGGCGAACUGUGUGUGCAUGCACUAUGCAGAACAGGCUCAUGUUUAAUGUAUGACCUGCGAGAUAUCAUGGUCAGCAACAAGUCACUGCGCUUUUCCCAAAGUGCCGAGAAAGUAGGUUAAGGAUGACACAGGCGGAGAAGACCUGGAUGAAAAAUUCAUCACUUCAUUUUGGUUUCUGGAAGCGUUUGGCCUUAUUCCGCCUGAAAGGAAACAUGGACCUGCAUGGGGAAUAUGUUCAGAGCUGAGGUCCUCCUCCUCCUCCUCUUCGUCUCUCUGUGGUCACUAGAGUCCAGGUCAGGUCAGUUAAGGUUAAUGAAAUUAGAUUUAGGGCGACACAUUCGAGAUCAGCAUAUCUCCAAAUACAACACUAAAGAGUUGGUCACUUUGAUCAGAGGUGAGGCAGAGGUCAGCGGGUCAGCUCAGAGCAGUACUGUCUCUUCCACUCAGCGAUGCCUGUCCCCUGAAGGUAACAGUAAAGGCAACACGCUGACUUUCGUCCUUUUGACUCCGAUCCUGUAUUUGUUUCUCUCUCUUUGAUGCCGAUAAAAGUAGCUUGAAGAAGAUAUUAUAAAUUCCAGUAGGUUAAUGAAGCUGAAUAUGUAAAUUCAUCAGAGUAGAUUGUAAACGGAGGUUUUUAUAGCAGCAGCUUUUAGUAUUUUGCAGCCUCAGGCCAUGUGAAGCUAAAAAGGAAAGUGUUUGUACGGUGUGUUUUCAGACCACAUCAGGGUUGGAAUCAGAGAGGAAAUACAGCAGCUUCAGCAUCAGGCCUUUACGUUUACGACCUCAACACUGAAAAUCAAAACUAUGUGCUGAAAUGCAGCGUGAUGGUUUCUAUAGUCUAAGUCUGCACAGUGAACACAUUUACAAGAGUACAUGAGUCACUCAGCAUGUGUCCAUGUGACCUGUUUGAUGGUUUCCACAGUGUGAAGCUCCAGUUUAUAAAUGGUGAGAAAAGGUCUUUUCAGAGUUUGGUUUUUAGGAGGAACAUGUUGGCAAGUUUAAAAAUGUGAGGACAUCAAAAUACACCAAAAAUAUGAGUAACAGAUAAUAUACACAAUCAUCACAGCGAUUUUAAGGUCUAUUAAUUCCUAUGGGUUGUCUGAUGUGCCCAAGAAGCUCUUAGGGUUCAGAAUCAGUCAUGAACAGUAUGACUUUCUGCUACAUUAGCAAACAUGUUGCUAACUUGCCUUUGUUGAUGCUAAGUAACUUAUUUUACCUUGUUUUACACGCUGAGUCUGAGUUAUGUUCUACUAAACCUGGUUCUACAUGAGUGUGUUCAGAUCGUCUUUUCACUUUGAUAUGAAACGGGGUCAGAUGUGGUCAAAGAAAGGGAAGUCUAAACAGAAGGGUAACAAAGUUAGCCUAUCAGAUUUCUAUCAGUCCAUGAGGAAAUGCACUUCCUUGCACUGAACACUAGAGGCAUCAUCAGUGAUUGUUGAAUUUCAAACCCAUUCAGGUUCAGGAGCCUUGUUUACUGCAGAUUUAUCUGUUUCCUGGUUGUUGGACUGUAGCUGAUAUGAAUGGUCAGGUUUGGAUGGCGGCUUGUUGAAUGGAGGAGUGUCGUGUAAUAUUGUUUUUUUUAAUGAAUUAACUAAUUAGGCUGUGGCUGAAAAACUUUGCUGUUACUGUGGCAUCUUUUAAUUUCCCUCAGGCACCCUUCCCAAAAGGAUCAAUACAGUUCCCUCUAAUCUAAUCACUUAUCUUAACAUUGGACUGCUUAAGUGUGAAUCAAUGUAAUAAAGGCAGUUUAAGAGCAGUUAAUAGGGGUUACAAGAAAUAAGUUACUUUGAGAUCUUUGGAUUUAGUUUGAGGAAAAUGUCACAGAAUAAAUAACCAAACAAACUCAACAAGUGCAUCAUGCCUCAACAUACCAUUUAACAUCACUGUAUUGUAUUGGGUAUAAUCGUAUCAUAUCACAUCGUAACGUUUUGUAGUGUAUCAAAUUUAAUCGCAUCAUAUCACUUAGGAUAUUAUCGCAUGGUAUCAGAUUGUAUCGAAUUUAAUCGCAUCAUAUCGUAUUGUAUUGUGUCGAAUUUAAUCGCAUCUUAUCAUAUCGGAUAUAAUCGCAUCAGAUUGUAUCAUAUCAAAUUUAAUCGUAUCGUAUCUUAUCAGAAAUAAUAGUAUCAUAUUGCAUCAUAUCCCAUCCUAAUGUAUUGGAUAUAUCGUAUUGGAUAUAAUCGUAUAGCAUCAUAAUAUACUGUAUCGUAUCGGAUAUAAUCGCAUUAUAUUGUAUUGUAUUGUAUUAAAUUUAAUCGCAUCGUAUCAUAUCGGGUAUAAUCAUAUCAUAUUGUAUUGUAUCGCAUCGUAGCCUAUUGUAUUGGAUAUAAUUGUACAGCAUUAUAACGUAUUGUAUCGUAUCAAAUUUAAUCGCACUGUAUCAUAUCAGAUAUAAUCACAUCGUAUCGUUUUGUAUCAGAUCAUAUUGGAUCGUAUUGAAUUUAAUCAUAUUGUAUUGUUAUGCAUGGUAUCAUUUUGUAUCACAUUGCUCUUAAUCCUCUCAUUGUUAUGCACCUUGCUGUAGCUGACUGUAUCAUGUCUUCCUAUAUAGUUUCACAUGAUAUGAUAGUGUAUUGUAUUGCACCUUAACAUCAUAUUCUAUGCUACUGUAUCAUAUUUUGGCCGUGUUAUGUUGUUUCGUAUCAGGACCUUAACAAACUUCAGCUCAGUAUUUUUUAAGCACACCUUACACAAGAAUAAGCUCCUCCUAUAUAAUAACCUUAACAUGCAAGCGUUAAUUUUUUACAGUUUUAAAGCUCUCUAAAUUAUCAUAAAACACGAAACACUAAAGUCUAUUUUCUAAUUUUUAAACCCCUAAUUUUAUAAAGCUUGUUAUCAGACUGUUAAAGGUGCUCAACAGGAAGCUCCAUCAGAAAGGGUUAACAGUUGAAGUGUCUUAACAGACAGCUGAGGCAGAUGUGACAGCUGACAAUUAUAAUGAAUAAAUAAAAGUGAACAACCAUCGCCCCGUCCCCCAUGGCAACAGAGUCCAACCUGUCACUUUACUGUAAUUGCUCCGCUGACAUGACAAUCAGUUUGGAGGUAAGAGUUUGUCCGUUCUCACUGUUUCCUCCACAUACUAUCACUCUCAGGAGAAGAGGGCUUCAUUCAGAGGAAAGACCUCUCAGAGGUUUUAUCGUAGUGACACGGCUGACCUGACCUCAAUGUAAGAAAAAAAAAACCUUUAAACAGGACUGGAUGUACAGUCGCUCAGGGCGAGAGGAUAACCAUUGUCUGCUGCUGCGUCCCCUCCAUGUUUGGUGCAAUGAAGCAGAUAGUCUAAUGCAUACGAUUGGGAGACUGGAUGCUAGCAGUGUGCAGCAGCAUAAAAGGGGUCAGCAUUAGCCUAAAGGUUAAAGAAAUGCUUGGACAGUAAGGGUUACAGCUCUGUAGUGGUCAGGAAAACACGGUAAGAAAGGAGUAAUGCUCUUUUCCAGAUGAUAGAGGACUCCAAUCAAUAUGUUUUAACAGCCUGUGAGCAUUUGUUUGGUUUCUAUUCGUGUUUAAUUUGCUUUUAUUAGGAUUAACCCAGUGAUAAAACACAUUUAAAUAAAUACUGCGCCCUCUCUAUGGUCAACAAAAGCAAACAAACCAUCAUCAACAAGAUAAAUUAUUUCUAAAAGAUCAUUUUUAAUGUAUUUUCGAUGCUGCCGCUGGGAAAGUGUUAGCUGGAGUAAAUUAGAGCAUGCUGUGGAAAAUCCUCUCUCUGUACAUUUUCCACUGCAAAAGUUCACAGCAGUACUUUUGACCAUUAAAAGGCAGCAGGAUGAGAUUUAUUUAGACAGAAACUACCUCCACAUGUACAGGAUAAAAUCAGCAAAGAGUUUUAGUGUCCUGCUUUGUCCAAAGGGGGCGCCAAAGUCGACACAAACAAGAUAAAAAGGGCAGUUUUUUUCGCUAAUUUACCUGUUUUUAUUCUAUUUAUAUCUUGUCUAUAAUGCAGCAGUAAGAUUGAAAAAAUGUGAAAACUUCUCAGGUCUGAUUUAAAAAAAGUGCGACCAAAAAGUGAAAAAACAACACGCAGUGUAAGGGAAAAAAAAGAGAGUAAAAAUAACCUCUGUAUUUAGGGUUAUUAGGCUGUAUUAUUUAGAUGAAGUGAGAAAAUCAAUUUUAUGAGAUUAAAGUCAUGUUGUUGAGAGAAUUCAAAAGUAGUAGUACAGUCUAUAAUAUGAAGGGAAUAACAGAGCGUCUCAUCGCUGCAUUGUUAGGACUACACUGAGACGUGGGGUAUCCCCCUUUAAAAUAACAUUAUGCUGCUAACCCUCGACUAGAUUUACAGACUUAACAACAUGAUAUGAUAACUUUAAUCUCAUGACAUAACAUAGAUUUUUUUUCCUUAAUAAAGCCCUAAUAAUCUGUCCUGAGAUUUACCUGCAGAAUGCUGUAAAUUUUUACAGUGUCUUGCUGUAUUUUAGUUGCACAGAAGUAGAAAAAUAAGGGCUCAUACUCCUUUCAUUCACCUGUUGGCAUGUGUAUCACGUUGUGAAUUUUUACAGUUAAUGAUAAUAAUUCUAAUAAAUCUCAUCACUCCUUUAUUAGCUCUUCUCUCUCUUCCAUCAGACUGUAAACACCAGUUUUGGAUACCUUUGCUGACAGCUCUUUUACUCUCCAGCUGAAACAGUCGAGAAAGGAUCCUGUUCUCUGCUCUCUGUGAUGUUUAGAGCAGGAUGACUCUGCAGACAGAGCUGCCAUCUUGUCUUUAUACCAAUUAGUGUGUUGUUGUUCUUCUGCUACUUCAGGUCAGAAAAUAAGUGAACACAACGAAGACAACAGGUCCAACUUAAUUAGCAUGAACAAUAUUUAUAUGUUUAAACACGACCAACGAGUUAAAUCCCAUAUGAGGCAGCAGUGUGAAGACUGCAGAGCUGCAGUACUCUAUAUAUUACCAGAGGUGUUGCUUGUACUUGUUAUGAUUUGUCACCGGCAUUACAGUAAUUGUUUUUAGCUUGUUCUUGUGUGUGAAGGUUUGAGUCUUUCUCAUCGUCUUUCCUGUGAGCACGGUCUCAUUAAAACACCUCACUCUGCUUUGCUGUGCCUCUUCAGAGUCUGUCAUUCCUUUGCACUUAAGCUCCCUCAUCUAACAGUCUUAUCAGCUGCUGGCUGUUUUGACACUCCUCGCUGGUACCAGGUUAGACCCCCUUUUUUUAAUAUUUCACGGCACAUAUCAAGCAGGUGCUGGAAAUACUCCUCAGAGAUUUUGGUCUAUAUUGACAUAAUAGUGUCACACAGCAGCAACACAUUUGUCAGCUUCACAUCCAUGAUGCAGAUCUCGUGUUCCACCACAUCCAAAGGUGCUCCUGCAGGGUUUAGCUUUGGUAAAUAUACAUGUAAAUGCAAAGAAUAUGAGGGUUUCAUAUAGACAACUUAAUGAUAUAACAAAGGAUUGCCAUGAUUUUGGCCCUUAGGCAUGUAUGACUCUGUCGUGGGAAUCACCGCAUGGGCUUAGAAUUACAUCCAAAAACCACCAUUAUACUACACUUUGCACUAUUUUCAAUUAAAUAUAAGAUUUAAAUGAUUUGCAAACCAUCAGAUUCUGUUUUAUCAACGUUUGGGGUUGUGAUUCGAACAAACUCACAGCUGUCAGCGCUCGUUUUGACGCUCAGGUGUAAAUAAUAAAACGAAUCGUGGCUGAAUUCCAGUGAAGCGCUCCAGUUUUAACAUCUCAUCAUGUUUGCAGCCAACUGUUAGACUUUUAAAAGCUGCUAGGACAGUUUAAUAAACCAAAAGUAAUGUUUAGUCUAAUUAAUCGUGCCUGUUUGCUUCUGCUGAGACACAGAAACUCUUCAUUUUUGAAUCUUUACAGGAACUAUAGCUGCUAGAUGCUCCAUUAUGUCCAACAAUUACUGUUCACAACAUUUGGUACAAUCAGUUAAUAUUGUGCAGAUCUUAAAGAUUACUGUAUACACCAUUUUUAUGCAAUAUCUACCUUUGAUUAAGUGCUAUUUUUAAUACAGAUUGCACAUUACGGAUUAGGAUUUAUUAUAGCGUUAGAAUAGUGCAACAUAAAGACUGAGAAGACAUGCAUUAAACGUUGUUCCCUGUUUAAUUUACCAGUAUAAACAUCCACACCUUCAUCACAAUCAGUCCUAGGUCAAUAUAGAGUCUGAAGCAGAGACGGAGCAUCUGUGAUUCGCUGAAUCAUCCCCUGAAUAAAAUAAAGUUAAAUCUAAGAAACAAAACUGUAAUAAAUAGCUCUUCAUCAAAGACUGAAGCUGAUGUCUCCCUAAAAAUUUGCCGCAGAACCAGAUUAGAGGGCGAAAACGACAGAAUGGUAACGACGUUUCUGUGAGUUUGAACCUUUUCAACAUCAAGGACGCAGAAAAAAUAGCUGCGCGCUAAAAAUAUCUUCACCGAGGACUAUUUAUGGACGGAAGCAGAGAGGGAUGCAUAAAAUUACCAUGUUUGCCAGACAAAUUAAAACCCACUGAAGUCGAUAGGUUUAUCAGCUGCACCGUGAACAUUUUAUAGAGUUUAUUAUCCUUUUUUGUUGCUCUUUACGUUUGAGUAUUUCAUGAAUUUCCGCGUGCACUUUGUGGUUACAGCUACUUGAAAAGCUCUGUGACCUUGACAUAGUUGGGCGCUGAAAAGACGCCUUUCAGCUUGUAUUUCUGUCCAGAUUGUCUCAUUUUCAGCCUUUUUUUCAUCUUUGAGAUCCUUACUCGGCCAUAUAAAGUUAUAUCUUUGUGCAGGUGUUAUGUGCAUUCAAUGUUUUUAUGAUGCACUUCUGGAGCUACUUAUGAUGCUUGUUGUGUAACUCGUGAAUCUCUCAGUGCUAAUUGGGACGGAGAUGGCCUUAGUGCGUUUUCGUCCACCUUUUCAGAUGAGGUUUAUUCCAACUAAAUUUAGAGUUUGUUACUUCAAUAAAAAACAGUGAAAUACCUUAAACACUGGAUUGUCAUGAGUUAUACUGCAGCAGUUCAGUGACAUUUAAAAUCACAGUUUUGUUGAUUCUCAGACUAAAUUUAGCCCCACAGAUCACAACAAUAUUCAACGUAUUUUUCCACAACUCCCUGUAGCGGUAUAACAAUAUUGCUUUCACUUCUCUUGCAUAACAAAAAAAAGAGGCGCAGAUAUUUCCUUGUAAAUACAAACUGUAAUAAAGUUAGUGUAUAUGUGUUAACUUGAGCCUCUGUUGUACCUCAUCACAACCCUCAGAGCUGGCACUACAUCUUAGACUCUGACCAAACAUUCACUCGUGUUUCAGAUUUAAAAUGAUUAUAAAAGCAGAAGUUUACCAACUGAUUGAAUGAACAAGAACAUAAAAAAAUGUUGGUUAGUUAAUUUUGAGCGUCUGUUUUAGGUCAUCUGCUCAGUGCACGCCUCAAAUUUACUUCUGUAGCCUUAGAGUACAGAGUCUUAUCCUCCGGCCGGAUGCAGAUUCACAAACCGAUUUUGUCUUUAUGGAAAUAUUUAUGUCUUUUAUUCACCCUAAAAUGUCUCUCAGUGGUUUAAAACUCACAAAUCAGUCUUAUUCUGCGUCGAGCCACAGCCCAAAGCUGACUCAGACCUCCUGACACUCCCUGCAGGGUGCUGUCUCAACACUGUUUAAUCACAAAUCAAACCACAUUAAGCUUUUCUGUCAAAAUACAGCUGAAUUUAAAGGGCUUAAAACCAUGUAACAGGCCAUUUAAAAUCACAGCGGGGGCAAAUAGAAUAAAAUGAAAUUAAAAAAGAAGGUCUAGUUAUGACAAUUUUGAGAUAGUAAAGAGUACAGAGCAAAUCUGUAUACUAGAAAUAGUGAAAAGGAGCUGAAAACAAGUCAGCACAGAGUGAAAGUUCACCAAAUACACAAGUAAGGUUUUCUCCAACUUUCAGGGCUGCAGUUUAGAGUCAAAAGGAGCAGAAAACAAGUCAAACUCCAACAAGAUAAAGAGUGUAAAGGAUAAAAUAUCUUAUAUGAAACUAAAUAAAUUGGUUUUCUUUUAAAGUUUUAAUACAUGAAGUCAGAUGUCAGAAGUCUUUGACCACAAAUCAGAUCAAAUCAACCUGUUGCAGAGAAAUGAUCGUAUUAAUGAUAGUGUUUAUUUGAUAUAAGUUGUUGCAGUACAUACAGGAAGAUAUUCAGCAGGCAGAACCGGGAUAUAAGGAUAGAAAUUCAGAGUUAUUUGUGUCUUUAAAAGUGCAGAGUGACUGUUUGUUUGUCCUGAGUACUCAGCAGACGUCUGCUCUCCCCUCCUGAGGUUGAUGUUUACGAGUGUGAAAGUACCUUCAGUUUCCAUUUUAAAGCUACAUUAUUACUCACGGCACAGCUUGAGCCGAGCGUAACAGUCAUAAGAGCGGCCUGCCCGUCUAUCAGCAGGAUGUGAUUUAGAGGAGAAGUAUGUGUUUAUUAAAUACCCAGGGGGCAAAAUCUGAGCGGCGUCCUGUCUUAAUUCCCUCCAACAUCAAUGCCUGAGGCUGAGCUGCUGGUGUGAUUAUACUAAUUUAGCCUCCCACCCACCCAAAGGAAGACAUGUAAUUACACUGUUUACACUGCAGAGCUUUCCUCGCUGAGACGUCCACGAGUAAACACACCGAGACUUGUUUUUCCUCGGGACUCGACUCAUUAUGACAGAAAAGUGCGAGAAAUGUCAGACUGUGUUGCAGAGAAUAUUAACUCGUCUCACAGAGCGUUAGGAGAUUUAGAGGCCGGUAAACAGACGGGAUGAUGUUAACGAACUUCAUAAAUCACAGACCUGUUUAACUGUAAUGGUUACAUCACUUUCAGUUUACAGUUACAACAGCUUAAUGUGGUUCAGAUGAGGAGAUAACUGCCAGACAUGUGCUUAUUUUCUUUGUCCACAUGAGUAUUUAAAGCUCCUGUAAGGAAUUUUGUUUGUUUUGAUGUUGGCGCCCCCUGUGGACAAAGUAAUAGCCUACCGAUUAUCCUGUCGCUGCACUCCUCCUUUAUAUGUAAAUUGUGUUUAUUGACAAAAAUCCCAUCCUGUUUUUAUCCCAUUUUCUCUCCCUGUUUUGCUGACUGUGGCUCUUGUGGCUUGAUAUGAUCAAAGUGGAGUUUCAGUGAAAAUCUGAACGACUCUGCAGAAAGAUGUGUUAUUAACGGGCUAAACUGUCCAAGAGGAAACUCUACAUGUGUGACAGAGGCACAGAUUUAAAUCAGUCACUCUUCAGAAUAAUACUGUGUCGCUCGUCAAUGAUUCGCUCCAAAGAACCGAAUCUUUUAAGUUAAUGUAAUGAACCAAAUCCCCCCCUCAAAUGAUUCGUUUGUUUCUCACUAGUUCAGUAAUACUCACUUAAGUAUUGUGUCGUUCACGAAUGAUUCCUUCAAAGGAACUGAAUCUUUUAAGUGAACGUACUGAACGGAACCCCCCCCAAAUGAUUCGUUCAUUUCUCACCUGUUCAGUAUUGUGUUCAGUUCAGUAAUACUCACUUCAGUAAUGUGUCGUUCACAAAUGAUUUGUUCAAAGGAACUGAAUCUUAUAAGAGAACGUACUGAACAGAAUCACUUCCUCAAGCGAUUCGUUUGUUUCUCACUUCAGUUCAGUAUUGUGCUCAGUUCAGUAAUACUCAAUUCAGUAUUGUGUCGUUCAAGAAUGAUUCGUUCAAAGGAACCAAAGUGAAUGUACUGAAUAGAAUCACUUCCUCAAGUGAUUCGUUUGUUUCUCACUUAAGUUGAGCUGACAGCAGCACAGCUUCCAUGGCACGCAGCAUUGCCGAGCGAGCGAGGGACUGCACACGCCGUCGCCGGAAUCACUUGGUGAACGAAUCAUUCAGUGAACUACACUCUCUGGAAUCAUUUUUGUCUGAGGGAAACACUUUCAUGUUGACUGUUGUUCAGGGAAUUUUUCACUGAAUGUACCGUGGGGUAAACGAUCAUUGAAAGAAUCACUCACUGAGCCCAAUUUACCGAGUAGAUAGAUAGAAUACCACAGGACAGUACACUUAAAACUUCAUUGAUUUGGUGAUUUGGUGAACGAAUCUUUUGAACAAAUCUUUUUAGUGAACUGAUUCUAGUUACUCAUUACAUCUAAAAGAACUGCCAUGGCCAUCACUACUUCAGACAGAUGUGUGUUUGUAAUAUGAAUCUGUUAUAACUGUGAAAACAUAAAAUAAAAGCCGUCAUCUGUCAUCAUGAACCUUCAAAGACUACUCCUCUAAACACGUGAUCUUUCCGAUGCGCUUCAAAGUUACAGCUUUUUGUUCGACUGUCUGGUCCAGACCUAUUUUAAGGUUCGUUUCAGACCAAUUUUAAGGCCCAGUGGUUUUUCCUCAGAUGCUGCUUUAGCCUCUGUGAGUAAAGGCCAGUUUUUCAGGGCCUCAGGUGUAGCCAGGAGCCAACACUAAAGAGCUUCAGGCUGAGACUCUUUGUCUGUGCGUCGCCUUUGUUUCCAGCUCAACAAACAGCUUCAGAAACAGGAGCGGAGUUUGAGUUUAGAGACAACAACCAGGAGAGGAUUAUUAACUGUGUUUACAUGUUUGCAUCCAGAUAUCAGUGCACAGAAAUGAAAAACUGCUGCUCUUGUAGUUUAAAGGUAAACAUACCCUCAUACUUUGCACCAAAAUGACUUCUUCUGUCCUGUGGUGCAGGUAUCCUAAUUUCAGUGUAUUUCUGAGGUACCCACUCGAGGCCAGCUCCAAAUUAGUACCGUGGAGGGGGAGGGGCUUAUGCACACGUUUGCAAAACUGAGUCUCAGCUGACUGACAGGUGGGUGGUUAUAGCUGUCUGUCUGCUCCACCUGUGUCUCCAUCAGAGGUUGCUCAGAAAAGCUAGGAUGAGUCAGCAGUUCUGGUUAGCCAUGGUCGGGCUCAGACUGUGGGAUUCUGCAGCUCAGAGAUAAGUCAGACAAUAAUACCUGGACCACACAGUCACAUCUAAACAUUAUCAAGUCUACCUAUAGAGUCUGUAUUCUUAUUUAGGAUCUGUAAAUGGAGAUUUAUGUCUGUUCGUAGGACAGCAUUGUUCCUGUCUGCAGCAGAAAGCUGUAAAAAAAACAAAAACACUGUUUAAGUCGUUUUAAAGCUCCUGUGAGGUUUUUUUAACUGAUCAUGAGACAGACUCAAAUGAACCCUGGUGAUCCUUUAGACAAACAAAAGUUAAAGACUGUCACCAAAACUGUUUAUUUUUUUACUAUGUAGUUGUUAUAAAUGCCAUAAAAUAGUAGUUUUAGGGUAGGUGUCAGAUAAAGUGAUCAUUUUCAUGCUGGUAGAACACAAUUUUAAUUUUUUAAAUAGCCUAGAUUCUGGAAAAAAUUUACUGUAAAAGAAAUCAGAUGAAAAAAGACAAGCUGCUUAAACGUCUUUGGUCCUCAUAAGUAAAACAAACCAAAAGCUCCUUACAGUAGCUUUAAAAAAAGAGACUUUUUAUUUCUGUUUUUAAUAUUCUUCUUUUAUGUAAGCCUAAAGUUAGCAGGGUUGAAAUGAAAAAGGAAACGUUAAAGUAAAAAUUCUUUCUCUUAGUUGGGCUCAUACUGAAAAUGUGACUUUUUGUUUGAGAUGAAACUAUUUAAAAAACUAAAAAGCAAAUGCUGUUUUUCUUUAAUGUAUUAAUAAUAAUGUCAAGGAAUAUGCCUCCUUGGAGAUAAGGAUUAAAUUGACAUUGGAUGGAUAAAUAUUUGGCUUUUAUUCUGAAAACUAAAAACCAUUUUUUAGAUUUUGCAUCUGAAUUUUGAACUUUGUAAGUUUUCAUUUCCACCGUUUCUUUAGCUGCUGUGUUCUUGAACCUUUUUACCCGGAGUAGUUUUAUAAUUUCUCAAACUUUAAGUUUGAUAUGAGAGUAAAAUCUGUCCUCAUGUUUACUCCUGUGGACUUUAUCAGAGGAGCAUGAACACAGUACCGCAUUAAGACGAGCAUUUGCCCUGUUUCUGUCUAGUUUUUGUUUUAAACUUGAAUUUGUUGUCGAUUAUUUUCAGACAGAACUUUUAUUAUCCUAAUUAUCCACAAUCCACUCACUGAACCUUUUCUAUCUCUGUCUCUGUUUGCAGUGAGAGUCUUUAUUUCUGUUCUUGUUGAGGAUUGAGGGUUGAAUGAAACUCACUGAUGAACACAGUCUGACCUCUGUUGGUAAUUGUCGAAUAAACACAGUGGUGAGACGUUGUCUGAGGAACCUUUUGUCUCUGUGUGCAGACAGAGAAAAGGACCUUUCAGUGUCAGUGGGUUCAUAAUGGAGAGCAGUGACACCACAGUGUUUUAUGAAUGCUUUAAUAGUAAAUUCAACAAUCCUUAAGAUUGAUUCGACACGCUUUGACCUCAGAGAGGCUCAUUUCUGUUUUGUAUAAUAACAAACUUCCUCUCCUAAAUGGAUGAUUGUUGUUUAUUUGCCACAUGAGGAUCACAUGACUCGCUCAAUCGCACCAUGUGACUCAGCAGCAGCAGCACCAGCAGCAGUAUGGGUCUGAUGUGUAACAUGGCUGCAGGCAGCAGCAUCUUCUCUACCUUCUCUCUCUGUUUCACAUCUGCAGAGAAAACUGACACAGGAAUAAACACACGGUUUUCAAGAGACAGGUGAGAGGAGCAGGGUGAGGAAAGUGAAUGAGGAGCGCCAUCUGCUGGUCUGAUCAUGAGCAACAACCUGGUGCUUAAAUUGAUCUUAUUGGAUAUAAUUCAGGGACAGAAACUAGAGCGCUUUCUUUGGCCAGUUUUGUUAGUAGAGUAUGAAGUGUGUAUUUAUUUAGAGUGAAGUCAUACAGGGAGUCAAAACACGUCCUUUAAAUUUGACUCAGAUUUCUGACACGACUGAAAUCUCAGAGUUUUCAUCUUAUUUCUGGUCAAAUUUGUCUCAUUAAAGCUUCACUUUAUCCACAUUCAGCUGAAAAGUCUGGAAACAUGUAUUUUUAAAGACAUUACAGGUCAAAACUGGAAACUGAAUUUCUUCUAAUCGACCGAAUGAAUAAAAAAUAUGUAUUUUCAGAUUUCCUGUAUAAGAAUUAAGUUUCUUGAUACAAGAAAAUGUUUUAUUUUAGGUCAAUUUUAGUUUAAAUUGUUUAAAUUUUAGGUCAAUUUUCCCUUUUUCCGACUAUUUUUCUUUACUUAUUCUACUCACACCUGAUAAUCCAGGUCUGUUUUGAAGCAUAAAAUCUCUUUAAAAUGACAUUUUUCUAGAUUUAACUGAAGAAUUUGGCUAAAAAGGAUAUUCAAAAAGAAAAUAUAUUAAAAUAAGACAAUAAUCUUCUUGAUUUAUGUGCUUUUUUGCAGACAAGAUUUAUUAUUCAGUUCAGUUGUAUUGCUCUCCGUUUUUUGGGCGUCAAAGUUUUUAUGAAGAAAUAUACAAAAUGAGAAUAGUUAAUAAGCUAAAUAUCACAGUAAAGCAUGUUUCAGGUAAAAUGGAAAAUAUGCAAAACUUCUAUAAUCUUGUUUUUUUUUUUUUCGUCAAAGCUGCAGAAAUUACACAUCUUAGAGCCUCACUGUUGUACUGAUCUGAAAUCACCACUAGAGAGCAGUGCUGAUUCAAAGUUACAUUUUUCGGUUAGACACCUGAAAGUUUUUUUUCCCUAGUACUGUGGAGUAAUACCUCCUCCAAACAGAAAGGAUCAGUCUUUUUACAAGCUGUUAAAACCCUCAUUGACUUUAUCUGAAUCCUGAAUCCAGAGGGACCAUCCAUUAACUGCAUCUAUAAGGUUGUUUAUGCAGAAACUGUGUCGAGCUGUUAUAUAUAAUCUCAUUAAUAUUUGUGAGACAUUAAUAUAUAUGUGGUCACUGAAAUAAUAACAGGGUUAUCCAUUCUGACACGUCUAGUUAAUAUCCUCUGCCUUAUCUUAUAAAAUAAUCAUUAUAUCCUCAUGACCUUUGACCCUCCAGCUCCUAAAUCUGCCCUGAAAACACAGCUGUGCAAUUCUUCAUUUGUUGCAAGACAAAGCUCUGUCAGAUGUUAGUAAAUGUGAAGUUUCUGAAUCAAAAGUUCUGAGUUUUCCUCAAAUAAACUGGAAUAAUGAGCAGAUGUGACCUCUCGCUCUGGCGACAUCUGCACAGUUUAGAAAUAUAAAGAGAAAUCUGCUUUCAGUUCAGUUUAGAGAAGAAAGUCUUUUAUAAAAGUAUUACCCGAUCCAUCAUACUUUGUAUCUGUUGUUUUGGAUCAGACUUUGCAAAAAACAUCAAUUUCUCAUCAACUAUUAAAACAUAAAACCUGAAUUUGUUGCUCUGAUGAAGGUUAAAACCUGCAAAGACUGAAAAAAAUCACCAAGGUCAGAAAAAAUAUACAAGUGCAGAAUAAAAAUGAGUAAAUUAUAGAGCUGGUUGUUAAAUUCAAGCUUUAAUUUCAGGGCAGCAACACUGCAGGAUGGAGAAGAGCUGAUGUUUAUGACUCAUAUACCGAGUCACAAACAUUUGGCCUGAAGCUCGGACAGAAACAGAGCGAGGGAAAAAAAUAACAAGAGUGAUAAUUUCUGGAAAUGACCGAGAACAUUAUCGCCGACCUCUUCAUAUCUCUCUCUGACUGCGACUCAAACAAAGUCAGGAUUCAGUAAGAAUGAAUGAAUUAAAGACACAUUUUGGAAACUUUUCACUAAUUAAUGUCACGUCUGUUAAACAUUGUGCUAAAGAAAAACUGGCUGCAGCUACUGAACAUUUCCUGACAGGUAAACACCCGCAGGACGAGUCAGAAGAUAAUUUACUCAUUAAAACAUGAACAGCACCUGAACUUUUGAUGCCAUAACAGCAUGAGGGCAUCUCAGAGGUUUCAAACACACAGGUGCUCGGUUUCAAAAUGACAGCUCACCCAAAGGCCCCGCUUAAAUGUCACAAAGAGGGAGGUUGUAAACUCACAGCCUGUCAGCUGAGGGGAAAACAUGGAUGUGGACGUUAAUCCAAAACUACAGAGCAGAGGUGAAGAGAGGCCAGGACACGGCGCGCACAGUAAACUCACCGGAAACUGUAGAGAGAGAGAGAGAGAGUGUGCAUGAACAGAUGUACUGUAUCUUUGAAAUCUUCAGUGGGAUUAUUAAAUGCAAGAUUAACAACAAACUAACUGUGUUUACUUCUCUCCCCUGCAGCUACGCCACCAGAGCUGAUCCACAAUAAUAAUCCCCAGCUGGAGAACAAACAGCAUCUGGGCCAGGAGAGGAAGGAGCGGGAGGAGUCUCAGCAGGGAGGGCGGCAGAUGGUUACACUGCAGCAGCACUUCUCCAGGUAACACCAGACUCUGACAGACAUUUAGACUCUGACUGACGCCGGACAUCAACACAAACACUGACAGAGAUUAAAGAGAACUUUAUCGAUCGUUCACAUCAAGGUCUGUUUACACGUCUUGGAAGUAACAUUGCUUAUGUGAAAAAAAAAUACAGUAUAAAGAUUUUGCUGCUCCAACGGGAGCUGCAAAAAAAGAUGGAUGAUGUUUAUUGCAGCUCUUUGCAUGAAAAUUAAAUAAAAAUCUGUGCAUGAAGUUUGGAAAAAGUUAACUUCUGCAGCUUAUCUUCAUGUGGAAUUAAAAUAAAGCUCUUUUUUGGAGUUUAUUGGUUUGUUAUGAAACAGACUGGGAUUUAUAAUGAUGUCUGUAUGAGUUGAAAAGUUAUCUCAAGACAUUUUCCUGGCACAGGCCGCACUGUGAAGCAAGUUUAUCACGUUCUCCGACUCAAAACUCUGAGUUGCUUUGAGCCUCUAAACUCAGGGGUGACAACAUACAAAUAACAAACUUAGAGGAGUUUCUUUUUGGCAGAUCAUCAUAUUUAGGAAGCACAAACUAUAAUAUUUCAUCUCUACUUGUACGCUCCAUAUUUACCUGUAACCUGAAGAUAUUUUGGCACAGAUCACCUUUUUUGCCCGAAGCUCAAACUACUUUUCCGUCUAUUUGUAAAACUCUUAUCCUCUUGGCACUAUCUCCAUCUCUGCAGAGUGAUAUCAGGAACUUUCUUUUAGGUACACCGCUCCAGAAAAGUUUCCUCGCUAUCGCAUCAGCUCAUAGCUCGUUGGGUUUCAGCCAGCGGCCACACAAUCGAAUGACUAAACUCUGCAGGACAGAAACAAACACCCAUCCAUCACGGGCCAAACACCAAAUGUGAUGAACUGCUGAGCCUCUGCGGUGACUUUUAACAUUUUCAUUAACUUAAGAGCCCUCUUCAUGUGGAGAUUGUCUUUAAGAGAAAAAGAUCGACUCCGUUUUAUUGAAGUAGCCAACACUUAAACCUGAUAGGAAGUGUCAACCUCCUGCAGAGAGAACCUACUAAUGCGUUGCCACUUUAUUGAUCCUCAGCCCAGCGUGAAAUAAUAACCAAGCAUUAAGUCCAGCCAACUGUUAGGCAGCCGACGGCCCCUCGUGAGCCGAGUUCGAUCCCAUCUGCAUUUGCUCAGCGGGCUGUGAGAUUACCCCGAUGAUAUGUGACUGUGAAUUAAUUCACUCCUGUCAUGCAGAAGAUAUCUGGACUGCAGCCCGAUAUUAAGGGAAAUUAGAAAUUAGAGUUUUUUUUUUUAAUCUCUCCGAGUGGUUAGCAUAAAGUGAUGGGUCAGUCAGCUGUGGAGCACAAACUUUACCACAAAAAAAAAAGGGAGUCUUAAAAAGUAGCAGGGGUUGGUGACUGGUGGAUAAAGUUUCCAUGAACUUCACAUUCAUUUAAAUCCUCACAUCCUCUCAGUCUGUAGGAAAAAAUCAAACAAAAACUUCCAAAUGAAAGAUACCGUCAUGAACAGUGAGUGAAAAAGGGCAAAGGUGACAUGGUUCGAUAAAAGUAAAAAUAGGGUCACCAUAUUCUGGCUUCCCAAAAAGAGGGCACAACUACGUGGGGGCGGAGUCACAGAAUCGCACAAAGUUAAUUUUGAGGGCUCUAUUUUCAUGCCCGCCGGCAGCACGGCAGAGGGUGGCGCACCCCGCACAGUGGUAUUUUGUCUGGCGGAGCCUGACGCACAGCCAGUUUGGUAUUUUUGUAGACUGAGGGGAGGUGUCGACAGAAUUAGCUGGUGCAGGGUGCCCUCCACAGCGCUUACACUUGUUGAGGGGCUGCCUUCUGUCGCCAUCGUGUGGCGUUUCUGUCUUCAGCCAUCUCUUGAUCUCUUUGACUACUUCACGAAAACUGUAAUACCCCUCGUCGAUGGCGGAUUUAAAGUUGAGUAGAGAAGCUGAUGUGAUUGGCGAAAACAGGUCUCCGCUUUGUUAAACCCACUCCACGCCUUAUCUCCUCCCUCUCUAUGACUUACGCCGCUGGGAGGAGCUGAGUUAGGGAGGGGGGAUACUCACGCCGAAGUAUGCUGAAAUAUCAACUCAUAGCUCCUACUGUUAAUCAAAGGUGUUCCCCAAGGCUCGGUUCUGGGCCCAGUCUUAAUUACUCUGCCUCCUCUUUAGAAAUUGGCAGUAAUAUCCGACAUUAUGCCGAUGAUACAUUUCUGUGUUGUCCUGCUGGCCAAGCAACAUGGUGUUCCCCUUUAUAAUUGAUAAAUGUUAUCAAUAAGGCUGAGGAUGAUUGCAAAGAGGUCGUCUUUGUUGCUAAGCAGUCUCAUCACACUCUAAGAUUCCCACCGGGUCCUCUCCUCUCCACAGAUAAUCCCUCACUCUCUCUUUCUUGCCGUCUGAUCCUGAAAAGCAGCUCUUUAAAAACAGAAAAUGACAAUAGCAAUGAGAAAGUUUGCCCUUCUAACACCAACGUCUGUAUAUUUAUAUCCCUAACCUGUCUAUGAGGGUGCAGCUGUUGUUAAUGCUAACAUCAGAUUGGAUUGUUUGUAGUUAUAAUCAUGUUUCACUGAGCGACCCACUCAAAGCAACCUUUUUAAAGCAAACCCCGACUGUCAGCGUUCAGAUUCUCAUUUUCCGGUGGCAUUUCUUCUAAGCCGCAGUCUCUGAGGACGCCAAAGUGAUGUGUGUGUGUGAAGCUCUGGAGGAUGCUACGGGUCUCAUAUUUUAUUUACAGAAAGUUGAAUCUACUGUGAAGUUUUUUGUUAUAUCCUAACAUAAAAGUCCUGGGUAGUUUCAAAUUGAUUACAUGGAUCAAUAACUGCUGUAAAAGCUCAGACGAAACAUCGAAUCAGAUUUGAAUAAAGCUCAAAAUUUCAUCCUUCACAAUGAAUAUCGGGAAGAAAAUACAGUUAUUUCAACUAAAAUCUGCAGGUAUAGAGACGUUAGUGAUAUUAGUAAUGAUUUUCUCAUUUAAUAUAUUGUAUUAUAGUGCUUUAUUGUACUUAAAUCAAUGUGAAACUGCAGGAGUAUUGUCUCCCCAUGUAAAGCCCAUACGCUCUGUUCAUUGACAUAAGUAAAAGGUUGCAUUACUAUAUGUGGAGGAAUCUAGGCCGUGUAUUUGUUCACGAUAAACUCACUGUCCUGAUUUGAAAAGUGUUGCUGAAGGCGAAAUGUCAGGAAGCUGCAGAAAAAGAAAACCCUGUGGUAUUAAGAAAAGACAAGUAUCUAUGCAGAGUCACUGAAGCAGUAUCAUACACAGACUGUAAACAUACGCAUGGCUGAGCAUUUGUGUCUGCUUAUAUAAAGAGCACUGGAAGUGUUCCUGUUAGACAGAGUGUAUAUGAAGUCUUACUGGGGAAGUUUAACAACUGAGAGAAUGACAAAACCCAAAAGCUCAUGUAUGGAGGUUUAUGUUACUACAAGCCCAAAAGUUGGAUAUUUAUGCCUCUGAAAUAUCUCAGAGGUGUUACAGAGGUGAAAUGGGAUGGCAGAGCAGUCAGGGCAGAACAGCUGUGUGUGUGUGUUUGUGUGUGUGAGCAUGUUUACUGUCUCCACACACCAAGCAUGAGUAAAAUCAUUUGCGCGAAUGAAUUGCAUGUUAAGUCAAUGCAAAGAUGCGAUUAAACUCUCCUACUACUCUUGCGGCGCGAAUGACGCGAAUUGAGCGGAAGCUGAAAAUGUCUCAUCUUGAGCGGAUAUUUGCGUCACGGUAACUAAUCAGCACAAAGGUUUCCAGGUGACGUGUGAAAACGGACGGUUGUUCACUGGUAUCAAAAACGGAGUACAAACUGAUCGAUUGAAUUGGCAGGGAUUACUGUUGAAAUUACUGUCAGUGGCUUUGACGGGCGAUGGAAGCAAGUAAAUACUAUUCAUUCACGCAUCUAGAUUCGUGCAAAUUAAGCGAGUAGCUAGAUGAUUUUACUUGCGCUUGGUGUGAGCACCCCAUUAAAGUUUCUAUGGUGCUCCUACUGUGUGUUGACUCCAGGCUUCUGCAAUGUGAAAUACCCCAAUAUUACACAUUUGCAGGAUUGAUCCAAAAAGUACAAAGAGAAGACGACGGUAGAGCUUUGUCUCAGUGACGCUCGUUGUCUGCAGCUAAGGGGGUUUUUACACCUACGUCGUUUGGUCCACGGUGUGAGAGGUGUGAUAGGUGUGAAACCUCCCCAGGACCUUGGUCCAGACCAAACAGCCAGACCUUGGUCUGACUAAAAGAGGUGGUCUCAGUCCGGGCCAAACUGAACCAAAGUCUGGUUUCGAAAGGUUUGGCCUUUUGUACCAAAGACAGGAAAUGACGCGAGGAGUAGAAGUUUUCAUUAUUAUGUUGAAAGGAGCUUGUCCGAUAACAGGAAAUUUUAUUAUAUCGUAGAUAAAGUUAGACCUCAGUAAUGACAGCUUAUCUUUUCAGGAGUUUUACUACACAUACUGUUCUCCUGAGUCGGUGUUGCAAUGACUCGCAGGAUUUCAUCCUUUCUUUUCCUUUCCUGUCGAUGUCGACAAAGUUGUCGUCUAAUGAUCAAACUCAUGAGACUUCCUCGGACCAGCCUCAUGUUCAGCUCUUCAAGUUGUCGCUGUUGGAGGCAGAAAAUCUAAAAUAGUACGAUAGUGAGAGUGACAACUUCAUCAUUCAAGACCGGUCAGAUGCCCGUUGGCCUAAUGACCAAUCAGUGUAAACUACAGAGACACGCAAAGCACAUAGUUGAUGACGAUAUCACGUAGGUUCGUUAUGUAAAGUCGGUUAGUCUGUUUGGACCAGACUGGUUCGGAUCUUGGUCCAAACUUUCAGGUGUGAAAACAACCUAAAACUCUGCUCCCAUGUGUUCAUUAUAUCCAAACGUCUUUUUAGUACAUCCUCCAAAGUCCCCAAAAAACUCCAUCUCUAUUUAGAGCUCAGCAGCUGGUCCACUCACUCCCCUGACCUGGUCACCCCCUCCCCCAGAACCUCCACCAGCUCCCUGUUCCCCAACGCAUCCAACUCCUCACAAAGCCCUCCAUAACCUGGACCCUGCUUCACUCCCAUAUCUCCUCCUGCAGUCACUGCUCCUUUGAAGUCGACCUCGACACUCCAGGUCCUGAAGUCCACAUCCCAAAGUGUCCUCAGGUGAGACACUUGACCUCACCUGAGUGAAAACUGAUGGACUCUUUAGGAUCCAUUAUUAAAACAUUGAAUUGUUCAGCUCAUAUUGAUCCACUCGUCUCUGGUGUUGACCUUGUUAUGCAGAGUUAACAACCGUUGUUAAGAGGUUGUCAAGGGAUUUAGACCAAUCAGGAUCAAGUAUUUAACACAGCUGGGUGAUCAGGAAGAAAGCAGGGUAAUAAUAUAAAAUAAUGAAGCUUUGUGUUCAUGAAGGUCACGAUCAGCUGAUCCCUCCUCCUCCUCCUCCUCUCCAGUUUGAAAGCUUGUUUGUACCUCUGUGGGGGAUUUUGUAGUCCCCUCUUAGGACAGCCGUAACGCGCUGUUUGGCGAACCUGGAGCGCACUUAGCGGAUGAUUUAGUGCCAAGUGGAGCUGUUUUGCUAUUUGGCAAUCAAUGAUCAGAGUCUAUGACGAGUGUUUCUGAGUGAAUGUCAAAAAAAACACAAAUACUGUUUUUGUUUUGACAUCGAAGUCGGCUUCUAACAGCCAAAAGUUGUUGGUAUCUUUCAGGCGUGUCUUUGCUGUGCCAUGUAUGAUUGUUGAACUAAAUUUGCAGGUUAAAGCGAGUUUAUUAUUAAAAGGAAGUGUGAGUGUUAAAUCUGUUUUUAAAUCUGUCUCUCGUGAGCGUUUUCAUCGAGGCCAACAAGCGCAGCGCAACUUGAUAAGUCCUUGGUCUUAAUCGUUUGAGUCGGAGCCAAACAAAAAUUCAUUCAGCUGCACAUCUGAAAAGACGCUGAACACAGAGGAACAAUUGGACCGCAGACGUUUCUCCUGCCAAACUGCAGUCAUGAGACCGGGAUGGAGAGUACGAGGCCUUGUUAGAGUGAAGCCAGACAGGGUGGGAACUUGUUUUUCCCCUUUUUGAGAGCACUCAGCUGCACAUUAUGUCCCACACGGUCCACAGGGAGACCAACAGACCCAUUUUCCAUCAGCCAAUCACAAACACAGAGCGGUGACUAACGCUGGGCCGAGGGCGCAGAGGACCCGUGCGGUUUGCCUCGUUUUAAAUGACCGGCACUGGAGACAGUCAGUAGGAGAGCAGCAUGGGGUGAGUGACGACCGAGAGGGAAGAACGUGUGAGCGGUGGAUGAAAUAUUCCUGAGAAUAACAUGAAUUUUAAGAGGGAGCAGGUGGAUUUGUUGGAGUUCAAGAAGAGUGAACCUGAUGGGCUCAAACUCCCAGGAGAGACAGCUGUUUUCAGGAACUUGAAUUAUUGUACAGAGUUCUACUACGCUGAGGCUGAGAUGCUGAAAAAUUUAACAAAAUCACACAGAAGUGAAGAGAUUUGAGGGUUUGGUGAACAGGAUAAACAUCUUCUUUAUGUCAAAAUCAAGCAGAAGUGAUUGUUGGUUGUAAAAGAUGGUCACACAACUUACUGGUUCAGCUCAGUUUGAGUCUUGGUUUGUUGUUCUGAACUGAAACAUAAUCUGCUUUAACACCAAGCUUUUUGUUUGUUUUUUUGACCUUGAAGAGGGAAUCCAUCACCUUAAAGGGAUAUUCCAGCGUAAAAUUUAUUUAGGGUCAAACACACCAUAACACCGAGUUAGACACCCCGUCUAGAGAUGAAUGUUGCCGGCUGCUUGCUUCUCUAGUUAUACCAACUUUAGUAAUGACCUCAGGAUAGCAAUACACAGCGGUCUGAGGAGCCACGUGCUCAACCAAAACGCCACUCUAUAGCCACAAAUAAUGCUCAGAACAGCACCUAACUUCAUCAACAGGACAUAUAGGGUCCCAGCCAUAGUACUAGACACCAAACAUCUUUUUAACUUUGACUGAUUUCUUUAGCAAAGAGACUAAACACAACUCACCUACUCUCUUCCAGCGUCUGCUUGUUUGUAGUGAGACCUCGGGCCAGUCCAUUAUGGACUACAGCGGGGUGACGCAGCUCAAGGAAGAACAUUUAUGAUAAUUUCUUAAUGGAAAUAAAAUCAGACAGAGACACUAAGGCAGUAGACAUGUCAGCAGUGCAAAUUGAUUAAUAUGGUGAUUAUUACUUCAAGGAAAUGAUAAAGAAAUGAUCAUAAAUGUUCUUCCUUGAGCUGCGUCACCCCGCUGUAGUCUGUAAUGGACUGGCCUGAGGUCUCUCUACAAACAAGCAGCUGCUGGAAGAGAGUAGGUGAGUUGUGUUUAGUCUCUUUGCUAAAGAAAUUAGUCAAAGUUAAAAAGAUGUUUGGUGUCUAGUACUAUGUCUGUGACCCUAUAUGUCCUGUUGAUGAAGUUAGGUGCUGGUCUGAGCAUUAUUUGUGGCUAUAGAGUGGCGUUUUGGUUGAGCGCGUGGCUCUCUGUAUUACUAUACUGCGGUCGUUACUAAAGUUGGUAUAACUAGAGAAGCAAGCGGUCGGCAACAUUCAUCUCUUGAGGGGGGGUGUCUAACUCAGUGUUACAGUGUGUUUGACCCUAAAUUAAUUUUACACCGAAAUAUCCCUUUAAUAUUUCACUAAAUUGCACUAAUAUAUUAGUGUAGAAGCUCAGGUGAGAGAAAUGUAAAAAAUUUUAGUGUUGUUGCUUUAUCACCACAGCUUCACCAAAGAGAUCAGGAGUUUACAGUUGCCUACAUCCCUGUCAGAGAAGGUUGAGGUCCAGUGUCUCCUCAGGCUGCUCUCACAGCUGUGCUUACUAAGUGUCAUCAUGUCCUCACACUGAGAUAGAAACUCAUGAAUUUGCCACAGUGUCAACAAGCAGAGGUGCAAAAAUCAAAACUUCCAUCAUUCUGUGUUGAAGAAGAAGACUUCAAAAUAAGGUUCAGGACCAUGACCUGAGAGUUAACGGAGCUCUUUUACUUCUUUACAACGAGGGGUUUGUUAUGGAUUCAUCAGUCAAGGUUGGAGCUGAACUCUAAACCCUCGACUGUAUUUGCUGCUCUUGGAUUUCACCUCUUCAUUUUCCACUAUGAGGACUCCCUCUCCAACUUUCAGAGCAGUUAUCUCCCCCUCCCCGCCGCUUUCAUUUAGUCCGAGUUUGUUUCAGGUCAGCGGCGGUGUCUCGGGGCAGGAAUGCCAAUGAUGUGCUCGCAGUCAGCAGCUUGUGCUAAUGGCAGCGCCGCAUGAAUCAAAGUGGGGGUAGAAGCUGCUCUGGAAGUGACAGGGCAAAAUGUCACUGCAUACAAUAUUACGAGGAACAUGGUCAGUGUCUAUCAAGCGUCCACAGCUGGAGGGGAAACAAUAACAAAAUCACAAAGAGGGAGCGUGCGCUGACACGGCGAAGGACGGUUAAAUCAACGUCAAGUUUGGAUUGUUUGAAGACAUAUUAAUGAGGACGGUCUGAAUGUUGAAGUCAACUUAAACACAUAAAAACCUGACAUGCACUUCCUCUGGAGAGUUAUUUUAUGACUCUGUUCGCAGCAUGUUUGAGGAAAAGGUUGAUCAUUUUAGUCUGCGGUGAAACUUUAAAACCUCACUAUGUUUGUUUUGAAAAUUUAAAAAAAAGGAGAUUAAAGCACAGAUUAGAAAAACUUCACUUUUCUCCCUCACUUCUGCCAGAUUUAUUAUCAUCUUGUGGGUUGUUGUUUUGUUUUCUCGCUCGCAGCGUCACUGUUUUAACUCUCUUUCUGUUUUUAUCACAGCAGGGGGCAGAUUCUCGUUAAGGUUUCUGAAAAAAUUCACCUUUUACUCCGAACAAAUUAAGUAACUUACAAGGAGAUGGAGAGGAGUGUUCAGUGACUAAGAGGCCAAACAUUUCCUCUUUCUUUAUCAUUUAUUUAAAGCCUGAAAACAUCAUGAAGGGGUAGAGGUCGGACUAGAUGAUUGACGGCACAACUUUUUUUUACAUGUUCAACAGAAAACAUGAACAUAACUGUUAACAUAACACAUUCGGUUGUUAAAAUAGAGCAAAACAAGAUUUAGAAAACCUGAAGUUUCCCACUAAUUCUUUAAGGAAACAGAAAAUUAAGAAAAAUACAGUCAAAGUUUUUAAAAGUCAUUUUUAAACUUUAAUUUUACCUGAGUAGCAACUCUGACCAGUUUUUCUGUUUUGUUCUUGCAGCAUGGAGGAGACGGUGCGAACCCUACUACAGAACCAGGACUCUCUGGAGGGGCCCAAAGUGGACCCACUGGACCUCAUGAAAGCUUACAAGGUGAACUGAGAAACUACACAGCAACGCAUCACAUGGAGCGAUGCCUGUGAGCUAGUUCAGGCAGGCCAUCUGAUUUUACCUCUCAGGUAGUAGGUUCAGAAGAUUCCCGGUCUCCGCUUCUGCUCUGUCUUUGUCACAUCCAUCCUGCGCCAAACUGUGCUCCAACACUCCUUCAGUGUCAGUUUCUACACCUUAAAUAAAUCUGCGAUGAGUGAUGAGGUCCGAACACCCACAAUGUUCUGCUGCUGCUGCGAUAAAGUUUCAAUCACAACAACAUGAGUUUUCUGACUGAAUUCAGAGGAUAGAAAUAAUGGAAAACUUACACUAAUGUUAAAAAAAGUUCCUCAGUUCAGCUGCUAACAUGUCCAAGUUAAAAUAAAUAAUCCAUAUAUUGUGACAGCCCUUCUGACCAAUAAAGUUGAGGUUACACUUUUAAAAUGAGAGUUUUUGAGACAAACUUCUCUGUGUUUCAAAACCUGCAAAGUUUUCAUUCUUCAGUCAGUUUGGCAGUGGUAGCUGUCGUAUUUCAGGGGCCAUUUGAUAUGAAGUUAAUAAUAAAAGACCUGAAGCAAAAAAGGCAGUGGCGUUUCAGCUGGUCAUCAAGUUUUUUUCCUGAUCUAUUAGGAGUAAUAUGAGGAACUCUGAGGCGUUCACGGCAGAUCUCCUCUCUGCGUUUCAGGAUAAACUCCUGGAGGAGAUGUGGAAGCAGCAGGACAGUCUGGAGGGUCCCACAGCCACGGCGGCAGAGAUGGCUGCCUCUUCGCCCGAGGCCGGCGGAGGGUCGGAGGAAGAUUCAAAAGACAGCAAUCCUCUGCUCGAGCGACUCCGAGCCCUGGAGGUAAGGAGGACUGCACGGUCCACUUCUCACCCUCCUCCUCUCUCUCUGCUCUCAGUGUCCUUUUUUCCCCUUUUUAAGAUCAAUAUUAAAAGGACCGUGUCUUAUUUGAGCAGAUACAAACAUUAACUUCUCUAAAGUGUUGCUUUUAUUUCGUAGUCACUGAAAAAAGACGCACAAUUUGUGAUGCUGCAGAUAGACAAUGAGGCACAAAACAGAAGCUACAGAGAGAGACGGUUAACAGAGUCUAAACGAUGGCAGCCGAGGUUACGAACAGGUUAUUCAAGGCCGGUUUGGUAUUUAAGAAACUGUGAAAAAGUAAUUAAAAAACUAAUUAUCACACAGUUGUAUAAAGGUGGAGUAAUUAGGAAAUGAGAGAGUAGGAGGGAGUAGAAAAAUAACUAAAGCGCAUACUGUUGAUGAUGAGUGUGUGCGUUCAGGUCUGGGGUCCUUUUGUUGGAGGCAGAGAUUUUCAUUUUUGUUAAACAAUGAUCGCAGGUUUGUGCGGAGGCUACAGGUGCAGCGUGUUCGUGAGGGAAUGAAAAAGAGAAAUAGAAAAUAUAAUAAAAGUGAUUAUGAUGGUGCUCAGGUUAGAUUUAAAUUAUAUAUCAACGCACACAUGUAUAUAACCUAAAAAGAUUCGACCUGGCGCUGUACAUGCACGUCUUUUUGGUCGUGUUUGUCUCACCCUGUGUGACCUUGGAGUAUCACCAGACCGGCUGUGGCGGGUUUUAUUGCGCCCCCCUGUCUGUACAGUCCAGUAUUUCUCUUUUAAUGUGGCGCCUGCAGCAGAUUGUUCAAACUAUGACGGGUGAUGAGACUGAAAUCUGCAGAAAGGGGUUUCAAAUCCCAAAACGUCGUCCUCGUUUCAGUUUCUGUAAAAAAAAAAAAAAUCAAUGAAAUUAAUUUUUAUUUUAAAGAGAAACAGUAAAGGGUUAGGUUUGAUUUACUCCGCUGCCAAAUCAGGGAACAUGGCCUUCCUAACAAGAUUAUUUACAGUUUUUAUUUGGUCUGAAAUUAUCAUUGAAGUCACUGAAGAAUAUCCUUUUGUAUUUAGUUGUUCUGUAAGUAAUAGACCCCUGAGAGAGAGAGCGGAGUCCUGCUGCUGUUUUCAUGGUUGUGAUGAUUGCGAGCUGCUGUCUGUGGUGAUGAAGUGACUGUCGUUGUGUUGCUGUGUCCCUGACUUAAAGCCAUAUUUAAGUGGUCUUCUUGAACACCUUGGUGAGGAUUGUCCGACUUUCCGAGUCGAAAAUCCAACUUCAGGGGAGCGUUCCAGAUGAAUUCCAACUCGGAGCUCAAAAUUCUAAGUGUGGACCCUUCAAAUCAAAAUUAUGCCUCAUGCAAAUGCCUUGGGUUCAAUUCCCAGCUUUCUCUUCCCCAACUGCUGCUCUAUCAACUUUCCUAAAGAACAUAAAAAAGUCUGGAAAUCAAACUUAAAAAAAACAGCAAAUAAUGCACAGAGAGAAUGAGACACACUUUGCUAGUUAAGCGUCGCACAGUCCGUGCUCCAAGUGAGGCACAAGGUACAAAGAGAUCGGGUUAAGUUUCGGGAUGAUCCAUAGAGAUGCUUUGGGCGCGAUAUGAAUCAAACCAAUCAGUCUAUUAUUGCUGUAAUGUUUGACCUCACAGGUAUUAUAUAUUGAUCAUGUCACCUCGAUAACGAUAAAUGGACUGUAACUACUCCACAAGCUGCUCACCCCCUCCCACAUUAACUUUGUCUACUUCAGCCGCUACAACUUUUGAACCGUCCUCCAUCUCCUCACCUGUCUUUACCGCUUUCUUAUGGACUGGAUGGGGUGGAGUCACGUCUCUGAUGUAGGACAGCGUCUUAAAAGGACAUAAGACCAUAGCCUACCUACACACAUCCAAAACAAACUUUGAUUUAUUUAUUUUUUUUGACACUGAAUAUACUGACAUGGGCAAAAUGACGUUGGUUGUUGUUGUAAAUUUCGGUAUCUGUAAAUUUUCGGUUUAUCGCCCAGCCCUACUCGCAGGGAUCACCUGGCUUUUGCAUUCAGCUUUAUGCAGAUGCAUUAGGAGUCUUGUUUUUUGCACUCCUGAACUGACCUAACUUUUCAACACCAGAGGUUGCUUCUUGCUUACAUCACCUCUUCUUCUUGCUUUUUAUUGCUUUAGCAUGAGUCUGCAAAUUGUUGCAUAUGGACCAAAUUUGGCCUUCGAUCACAGUGACAUGUCUGUGUAGGAAAAUCUUCUUAUUACCGCAACCUCCAGGCAUGUUGCAGAGCUGUGGUAUAUGUUUCAGGUGUACUUUUCAAACAUCAGGGUGUUGUUGAUGAAUUUGCAAGCAGAGAGCUCUAAGCGAUGUUUAAUCUCUGGGGUAAAAGUGAUUAAAAAGGCUGCGUCACAACAACAGAUAAUGACCUCUAUAGAAACCUGUUAGUUACAGUUUCAAUUAGCAUACAAGGUCAUACGCAUUAGCUAGUGUGUGGUAAACAAUCUUUAAAAAGACAAUGUCAUAUGUCAUUCAUUUAGACCUGAGUCUGCACAGCUUCAUUAGAAAACACCGGUGAGGCAUGUGGAUGACAAACAAGAACAAUCAGGAUUUGGUCAUGCUCGUAUCCAUCUGUGAAUAUUAGAGAAAAUGAGACUCUAUUAUCGUCAAGAGAAGCACCAGGGGCAAGAAAAACACAUCAGAAGACAAAGGAGUUAUUCAUAUCCAGGAGGUGAUAAUUAAAAUGCUGACAGAGUAGUUAACAUUUGCAGUCAGUGUUCCAGUGAAUGUUCAGUCACACCUUCCUGCUGAAAGGUGAUGGGACUUACCAUCUGCUGAGAGGUCUCGGGGAGUUAUUUUUGAUCUCACAGCUCUGCCUCAUGCUUAAUCAUAGACUGGAGAAGAAUCUGUGACCGAAAUCAGUAAAAAAAGGGAAUUAAAUCUGCUCUGAGUGUCUCUCCUCUGUGCGGUAAAAGUUUUAACUUUAAUUACAUAUUAAAGCUCCUGUGAGGAACUUUCAGUCAGAGUUACAUUCGGCUCCCUAAAUGUGCAUGAGACCCAUUUGCUGAUCUAGUCUUGUUCAUGCAUACAUUAAUAUUUUUGUAUCGCUCAUCAUGAAUCUUUGCAGGAAAAGUGUAAAAACAUGUUUUUUUCUGCAGGAACAGCCACCCUGCAACAGCUUCAGUUUCGUCAUAAAGAAGUAAAAAGUCAUAAAUCCUGGAGAUGAUGCUCUAGUUUGAUUUUAUACGCCAUAAAGAGACAUUAGUAUCAAUUAAAGUCUGUUGAAUAACCCUGUUAUAUAUAAAAAAAAACCUCACAGGAGCUGGAGGUGGGAUCAGCAAUCAUUAAAUGCCGAUAAAAAAGGCCGUACUUCAAAUCAAGAAUCAGUCAGUUAGUCACCUGCAGGGUUUUUCAGAUACAGUAAACUUACAGAUGUCGAGUUUAUUCAUGAAACUGCUUCAAUAAAAACGUACUCUAACAGAAACUGUCAGCAGUAGAAUUGUUUCCAUGGUUGCAGCAUUAAAUGUAACACACUCUGUGACACCACCUGAGAGAGAUUUUCUCACAGGUGGAUAAAAUGAGUCAAAGCUCACCAGGAGACAAAUCCAAAUCUCUCCUCUUACCUCGACGUUCAAAUCUGAACACACAGACGUGUCAACAGUAGUUAGGAGUUGGUGUAGUUUACUUUCUCUUUUUGCACUGAGUGGGAGAGAAAAGUUCACGAUUAAAAAAAAGACAGUUUCAUUGUCUUUACUUGUUUCCUGCAAAUGCUACCACCCCUCUUUUAUUAGAUGAAAUGGUUUAGUCCUGCCCCUAAAACCAGCAGAAGAGUGUCUUCUACCUGAUAGAAACUGUGUCCAGAUUCAAGAGUGUGUUUAAGUUAGAUUUACAUUUGGUCUUUGCUUUAAGUUAUGAAUCAAUAUUUAUGAAACAUUUCUAAAACGUGUAAUCAUGAACAUCAGUGUGAAAGUCGUCCAGCAGCGCCUUGCAUUGUCUCUCCUUGCAAAUGCAGUUUGACGGUUUUUUCAUGAGGCACAAAAUCCCUGAGUUUUUAUUUUUUUGAAAAUGUAAUUUUUGCACAAUUUUAAUCAGGAAUAAAUAUCCAUAAAUCUGUUAAGAAACGAUUACUCACCACCUUAUUUGUGAUGCCAGAGCGGGUCGAGGGACCUUGACAGGUUUCAGUUUUAAAGACUCAGUGAUUAUUGAUAAUACAGUAUAUUUGCUGAUUGUUAAAACUUAAAGUGAAUGAUGUAAUCUAUAUUAUAAUAUAUACCCAUGAACUGCACCAGGAUUCAUUGAAUUAUCCUUUAAAGUCAGUAUGAGCUGGUUCGGAUGUCUUUUGAGUUUCUGUAAAUAAUUGAUUUGUUUUUGGAGAUGGUCUGUCUGGAGAUGAAGAGGUCUUAAAUAUCCACUUUGUCGUUAGAGAUGAUCUUUUGUGAUAAAGAACCGUCUUAAAUUCAGUUUUCUUGUCUGAGUUGUUGACCCUGCUGGAUGAUUCUGAGUGUAUUUUGUGGUUUAAUGUUCUUUCAUGGCGGCUGCCUCUAUUUCACCCACAUUUGUAAUUAAACUUUAACGCUGCUAAAGAAACAUUAUAAGACUUUCCAUUUGAAUUAAAACUAAUUUUCACUCAUUUUUACACGCUCGGUUUCCUUCCCCGUUGUGAAAAAUGAGCACAUUUGCUGUGCGAACCACAGACCAGACUGGGAAUAUCAAUAAUAAAAAUAAACUGAGCCUGCUGUGAGGAGUCUGAGGAGUCACUGACUCCUCUGAACUCUUCAAGCGAGAAGUAAUAUUCAGUGGAAGUUUGCAGUUAAGCUGAUUGAUGCGACGCCCGCUGCAGAUCAAGCGCGGUAACUGCGAAAACAAGGAUGAGAGAGCACGGCGGUAAACACGCUGACAAACACUUACAUCCCUGCAAAUGAUUUGUUUUUAACAUGCAGAUGUAUGCUUCAUGCAGAUGCAAAAACACUUCGUAUAUUUUAGUUUUUCCCUCUUUUGUUGACAUGAAAAACUUUUUUAAUCCCAGUCUGAUGAUUAACAUGAAACACGAUCAUAUGUGUUAAUUUGAUGAAGUGCCUCUUUAGCUCCAAAUGUUGGCUCACAUCGCACGUCCUGUUGGAGGCUCAUACAUUUUAAAAAGUUCAAACUCAUAACUUGGACCUCCCUGACCUUUACACACAGCAGCUCCGCACCUUCAGGCUGAUCUGUGGCCUUUUAAACACUGUCCAAAGAUUCCCUCUCAGAAAAGACGGAGUCAGGGCGAUCGAUACCGCCGUGUGCUGCUGGGGGGUUAUCAGUUACAGGGUUUAGACAGUUUCAUUCAGCUCUGAAAUUUGGUUUUAUUUCCAAUGUUAUUAUCAGUAAUGCUUUUAUUACCAUUAUUAACAUUACCGUUAUAGAGUUUAUACACUUUUGAUCAUUUUAAGGAGCUUUUUUGGCAGAAAAUGUGAAGUUAAGUGUUAGAUUACAGCCUGUUACAUGACUUUAACUGUAAAACUGAGGAAAAUCCAAAUAUAAAACUCAUUUUUUAAACUAUUUCUAGUUCUGCUGUAGCUUUUGUCUUGUGUUUUUGUUGCCCUGACCUCUCCUCUAUCCCUCUCACAUGGUGUUACAUUAAAUUAAUCUUAUUUGAAAGGCACCAUGGACUGAAAAUAAAUACACAAGACUAUUUAAAAACACAUACACUACUUUAGGUAUUUAAGGCGGUACACUCUAAACUUUAUAGAUUACAAUUUUAUUAAUGUUCAUUAAACAGGUUAUCUGGACAAAAUUUGCAUCUGCAAAAGACUGACUUGCUCCAGUUUAUAAAUAUGCAUCAGGCAAAAAUGGAUUUUUCUAUUUUAAGAAAAGUGAUGGAUUUUUAUUAAAUGUACAAGUUGUUUCCUGCACAAACAGUUUAACUUUUGACUUUUGAAGAUGUAAAAUAGAGACAAGAACAAAAUGUGAUGGUUUGGAAAUCAUUUAAAGCUUUUUGAAAAUAGUACAAAACCAACAUAUAAGAGAAUGAAAGUGGUUUAUUUUUAUUAAUUUUAAGAAAAAGAUUUUAUGGCAGUAAUGUACUUUAACAAGGACAACAAAGCAGCAGAUCUUCAGAAAAGAGAGAUUCACCAGGAUGUGACAGACUGCACAAGCAGUUUGUGGAGUAGUUAUCGUCCAUUUAUCGUUAUCGAGGUGAACUGAUCAAUAUAUUGUAAUAUUGAUUUGAGGCCAUAUCGCCCAGCCCUAAUGUAAAUGAUUUUAAAACCACAGUGUCCCAGCUCAUGUGGGCUGAAGUUGAAAACUUCUCGUCUUGGCUGAUGGAUGUGUCACGCAGAUUUCCAGUGGGUGCUGCUUCCUCUUCAGCAUCUUUACUCCCAGUCUCCAUAAAUCCCACUCUCCCCUGUGAUUAUCGUCUCUUUCUGUGAGUUUCUGUGAACCUGUUGUUCAGGCGAGUUGCCCGCAGCACUUAAGUGAAAACAUGCUAUCUCAGGUAGUCGAGCCUUUAAGAUUUACUGGAGUAAUCAUUUCGGUGGAAACUUGCCUCCUGAGUUCCCAGAAUGGCUUGAGUUCCCUGCAGAGCAGAACUGCUGUCAGUAAUUGAAUUUACCCACAGUACCACUAGUGAGCCUGACAGACACAGCGGAGGGCUGCAGGGUGGAGUUAGGAUGCCUGAAAUUUAAAGCAUCAUUCAUUUGGAGCCGUCUUCCUCCUCCUACAGCGCUGUGGGGAGAAAACCUCUUCAUCCAUCCAUCCAUCCAUCUAUCUGUCUGUGUUUAAGAGGAGACAAUACCAUCAGAAAAAAACAUCCAUUACUAAAGUUUUCACAUCAAUCAAUAUGUUAUUUUUGCCCCAAGGAAACGAAAACCAAAAGAGUUAUCUGUAAAAUUUGUGUGUGUUUGUCUUUUCAGGCGGAGAACUCUGCUCUCUCGAUAGAAAACGACAACCAGAGGAAGCAGUAUGAGCGCUGUCUGGAUGAGGUGAGUGUUUGUGCUCCCACAGGAAAGUUAAAGCUGAAAUUAUAUUUAAUCAGAGGUUAUCGGGGUCUGUACCCUGCCAGAGUUACACAAGGUUUACACACGCAAUCAGAACCUCACUGAACUUCAGAUAUAUACGAUACCUACACUUUUAGAGGGGUUUAUGAGGAGUGAGAAAAAAACAGGAGAAAUCCCCUCCUGUUUUGAACAAAAACACGUCAUCAUGAAAACUUAAGGAGUCUUUUUUUAUUAUUUUAGCUGGAUUUCUGAAUUUCUACUUUAAUCUCAAAACUUCAACAUUAUUCACAACAUUUCGAAAUCUCAAAAUUUCGAGUUUAAUCUCAAAAUUUCAAAUUUUACUCUUGAAUUUCAACUUUAUUGACAUAAUUUCGAUUUUUUUAAUCCCGAAAUGUCAACCUUAAUCUUGAAAUUUCGAUUUUAAUCUUGAAAUUUUAAUAUUUCAUUUCGAAAUUUCAACAAUUUACAUUUUGUAAUCUAGAAAUUUACAUUUUUACUCUUUAAAUUUCAAAUUUAUUGACAUAAUUUAGUUUUUUUUAUCUUGAAAUUUCCACUCCAAUCUCAAAAUUUUAACCUUGAUCUUGAAAUUUGAACUUUUUUCUCAAAAUUUCCAUUUUUACUCUCGAACUUUUGACUUUAUUGACAUAAAUAUUUUUUUUUUAAUCUUGAAAUUUUGACUUUAAUCUUGAAAUUUUUAAUUUAAUUCUUGAUAUUUUGACUUUAUUGACAUAAUUUGGAUUUUUUUAAUCUUGAAAUUUUGAUAUUAAUCUCAAAAUUUUUACUUUAAUCUCAAAAUUUUAAAUUUUACUCCUGAAAUUUUGACUUUAUUGACAUAAUUCUGUUCUUUUAAUAUCAACAUUUUAACUUUAAUCUCCUUCCUGUAAUAUUUUUUUUUCCCUUCAUGUGGCACUAACCCUUUUUUUUUUGUAGAUUUGAGAAUUUUGCUGGUAAAGUUUGUGAGCAGGAGGAGUUUUUGUUUCUUCUUCAGGUUUAUACUUUCUUACUUCUUCUACCCCACCUGUGCAGGUUCACAUGGUUGUUAGGGUGUCAUGUAUGUGGAUGUUUCUUGCACGUCUGAAAAGAAGAUUUCUGUCAGAAGGAACAAACAUAAAACAAUUUAAAUAAACUGCGAGGACUACAUGUCUUUAAUUGAACACAUUCACCCUUACCUAUGAACAGACUUCCAAAUCCAGAGUUUCGAAGGUUCCCUCUGAUCUAAAGGAAUGAUGUGAUUGAAUGAGAUGACCGUACACACACCUGCACACUCACACACUCUCACACACUCUCUGACCAGUCCUCCUGGUGUUAUUGAAGUCCAUGGAGGAGAGGCUGGAGGAGGGAACAUCUCUAAUUGAAGCAGACAGACAACAGAGCUCUGGGCGAUGUGAGAUAAGAGCUGGAGGGCUGAAUGUCAGCGCUCAGGAGGACCGACUGCAGCACGUCUACCUGUUCCUCUUCUUCUUCUACUUCUUCUUCUCUCUCUGAUUGUCUCUCCGUCUCAUCCCCUGUCCUCCCUUCAUCUCUCUCCAGCCAGCCAGUCCGCUCCACUCAACUUUUCUAGAAUCUUUCACUAAUGGGCUUGUUACUAUGGAGAUUGCUGCCCAUGAGAAUUUAACAUAAUGGCAGAGGACAGAGAAAUUUCAGACUUUCUGCUGUGGGAUUCAUUUCUGCUCUCCUGCUUUUCAGUCUUAUUAUGCACAUUAAUCUUUUCGGUGGGAGGCAUUCAGAAGGCUUCCUGUCAUGGUCUGAAUGAGCCGAGGCGAGUCGUUUUGAUAGAAAGAUGAAAGAGUCGCAGAGAAAUCAUUUGGCUGCAGACAAAAGUGGAAACAUGGUUAUUAUUCCAGCGCUAAGGUAUAAUGCAUGCUCCCACUUCUGAAAUCAAAAUAAGAGGGAAGGAGAAAAACUUCUCAGGUGAUUCUUCUCUAAAUGUGAAAUCAAAACCGAACAAAACUUUUCCUCUCUGUCGAAAAUCACCCUGAAAAGUAAAGAAGAGGGAAUAGAUGGUGUUAGCACAAACAGAAAACCCUUGAACAGAUUUUUACGACAACAUUUUGGUUUAUUUGUGCUCUGGGUUUAAAGUUUGAUAUAAUAUCUGCAGGCAGCUGCUGUGUGAUUCCUUUAAAUCUGACAGUGAUGCAACACGCCGUCAAUUUGUCCUCCCCGCAUUAAACACACGUCUGGAUUCUCUCUGAUGGUGUUUGCACAGGGUCACUUUCAUUUACACUCUCAUUUCAUCUCAGAGCUUCAAAAAUAAAGUCCUGCAGUUCACUCUGAAUAUACCGCUCUGACUCCAAAUAAACAUGUUUCUUUUUAUUUCUUCUGUCGUUUCAAGGUGGCGAACCAGGUGGUCCAGGCCCUCCUCACACAAAAGGUUUGUGUCCGUCUGUCUCCGCAGCAACAGUCAUUAAUUCAUUAAUUCAAUCAGCUGUUAUAAUGAGUCACAUCUCUUCAGGUUGCUUUUUCCCAGUGUUUCUAAUAGAUAUACAAUUAACAUUCCUGUAACUACAUUUUACCAUAGACUGUAUAUAUUAUUGACAACUUGGUUCCGCCUUCCACUUGCCGAAUUGCUCUUGGUGUUUCCGUUUCUUUCUGCACUUCCUGAAACCAACGUUGUGCAGUAGCGUUGUAUGCAUUCGGUCCCUGAAAGUCGCUGUGAUGACGCUCGGGUCAAACAGCAUAUCCCCAGAUGAGCUACGCUAUCUUGUUGCUGUACGAUGCUCCAUCUUCUUGCUCGAAAAUGACCAGCAGACACUGUAGAAACUUCUGACGUCUGACACGGACCUGCUGUUGUUGUUGUUGACGGCUGUAUGGGGUCGGAAACAGCACCGCUGAAAAGACCCGUAUCGCCCCCUAGUUUUGGGGAGGAGGACAUGCUCACAUCAAUAAUUUAAUUUUCUCAGCUGCAUGUAUACGCCAACAAGAAGGGAAGUCUGAUUCGGCAAAAAAAAAUGAAGUAUGAGCUUAGUCGCAUCAAGCUGUGCAUGUAAACGCUCUGACUGUUAUCAGCGGUCUUUAAAUUGUGAUUAUGAAGUUUUUAGCCGAAAUCAUGUUACCUGUGUCAUUUUGAAGGACCUUGCUUCUGCAAAGCUCCAGUGGAUCAUUUGCGAUUCGCCUCUGAGUCGUGUGCAGAAGCAGCGCUGCUCUGCACACUCUUCUUCAUGCUCCUCUUCAUGCCAGCUUGUAGCCUAACAUUGCUGGUGUAGUAGAUGUAGCAGGUAACAUAGGAGCUAUUCAGCUCUGAGACACUAAUGUCAUGAUGAAAGUUAAUAUCAUGAUUAACUUCCUUACAAGCAUUGCGGUCCGCUAACACACACGCUUGUUCCGCGAUUGUCCUCUCUAUUUCUCCGAGUCUGGCCUGCAUAGCGGGGCUCUGGGGGCGGAGCUUGGAUUUGUGACAUAGGAAAUCUCACUGUUUCUGAAACUGCUGUUUGAGUCUGUAAGAGAUUCACAACGAUUUGAAUGAAGAAAUACUCCGAAAUACAGUUUCGCACUUAGUUUUUCUCAUGAUAUGUCCUGUAGCAUCAGAAAAAUCCCAGAGAAACAUGUGGACAACAAGAAAAACAUGAUUUUCAUCGGAGUGGGUCUUUAAAAGUAAACUUAUAUACCAAUGCAUGCUUAAAGUAAAUAAGUAAACUAAAUAAAUAAUAAUCAGUGACUUCAACAUCAGUACUACAGCUGAAUGUAUUUGGACUGUGGCCUCAUAGUGUUGUGUUGAAUCUUACAUCUAUUCCUUUGAUGCUUCCCUGUCACUCACUUGUUGUUUUUCUUCUUCUUUGGGACUUUCCAGGACCUGAAAGAGGAGUGUGUGAAGCUGCGGACACGCGUGUUUGACCUGGAGCAGCAGAACCGCAUACUGAGCGUGCUGUUUCAACAACGUGUCAAGAUGUCCACGAAUCCCGUCUCCCAGGUAAGAACACAUGGCAGCGUGGACGCAAACACACACCGACACACCUGCCCUGCCUCCAGGCUGAGUGAAUUUUACAUGAGUUCGGGUCGUCUUCUAAAGGUUACUCACUGGAAAAGAAAAAGGAGCGCAGCAGGAGAAAUCCUCCACCGAUCCAUGAAUCUGAUUUUUUAGGACUUUUCGGUUUUACUCUCAGAUAAGGAGUUUUUCAUUUUAGACUCUGCUCCUCUGUUUUCAGCGGGGAUCGUAGUUUGUGUCAAAGAAGCAUGAGUGCACUGCAGGUUAUCAGACAAGCAAAUAUGCUGGAAUAUCAUUUGCCUAAUUUACUAUGUAAAUUUAGCAGAUGGAGCAGAUAUUUUUGGUUGUUUUUACAGCUCCUGUCUUUUGCUUUCAUUCCCAAAAUUGAGAUAAGAUCGCUCUGAGCUGGUGAAUACGAAUGCAUGCCCUAAAAACACAUUAAAACUUAGAGCUGUAGAAGAGACUGUCCACACAUGAUGCAAAAAUGUCUUUCACUUUUUUUAAUGCGAGGAGCAGUUUGGGGGAUUUGGAGCGUCUUAAAGCAGGAAAGGUCAGGCCACCAUGAUCAAAACGUAAGUCAGUCAGUAGCCUUCUUCACAUGUGCGAAACUUCUUGAUCUGAUUAAAAAUUUGAGGGAUCGGGUAAUCUGAAUCCACUGUUUAUAUGGGUGCAAAAUCAAAUAAUCCGACCAUGAUGUGCGUAUACAUGCACCAAUCUUUAUUCAGAUUAGGGCAUAUGCAGAGUUGUCUGAUUUUGCUAAAAUACCCACAGAAGAAGAAGAAGAAGAGUUGUAUUUACACCUGUGCUGUCAAACAAACGCGGUAGUGACUCACUCCAUCCAAUUCAGGAGUUCUUCCCCUGUUAAAUGUUGUCAAGAGAUGGCGCCCUUGCUUACUUAUGCUGCGUUCAAGUUGCCUGGGAAGUCAGGUGUCAGUCAGUUCCUAGCGUUUCAGUUACCAAGUCAGAAAAAAGCAAAAUCGGAGGCCUGAAACAAGAUGGCUACAUCAACAAAAGUUAUGCAGGAGCCAUGAUGUUGCUUUACUUAUCAGUUAUCCUGUGUUCAAUUACUUUUGUCUGGUUGCCAUUGGUUUCGCUGGGCUUGGGUCACGGGGGCACUGAGUUUGAAAACCGGUAACUUAUGUGAGGGGCGGUCUUACCCCUAAUUAGCCGUAAUUCUUGUUGACCGCGCUUUAUGUUCUUUUGUGUACACAUAUGACAUCGGAUGUGCGCGUGUUAAUCAUUGGUCACUGUUGAAACGUUUUUUCUGUUAUUAAAGCUCUGAAAACUUUGAUGAACUAUGAAUGUUUCUUUGGAACAGCAGCAGCGUGUCACACAAAUAUACAGGACCUAUCCUCUGCCUCAAAUGACUUUUUAAAGGUACUAGGAAAGCCGCAAUAAGUUAUUUUAGCACUUGCCUAAUAUUCGGACAAGGCAAGCGAUAAAAUAACUUUCUUCGACAUAGCCAACUUGUUUCCACCUCUGAUUUUGCUUUUUUCUGACUUGGUAACUGAAACGCUGGGAACUCGGGUCAUUACGCUGUCUGUACACCUUGUUAUGUUAUCGGAGGAGCAGACAUGGUAACUGUGUUUGUGUUUUAUGCCAGAGUGUUAAUAAUGAAACCUCCUGAACUGACCUCAGUAGAUAAAGAGCGAAGAUCGAGUCAGGUUGGAGAGUCACGAUCGGAAUAAGUGUUUACAUGGACACGUUUUGGAAGAACGAUCGGCAUAAACCACCCCUCUUGAUCGGAAUACAGUUUCUUUCAGAUUGAGCUGAAUUGGAUCAGGAUCUUCCCAUCGGCAUGUUCACAUGACGCUUUUUUAUUCCGAUUAUUUGUGCCCAUGUAGACGCAGCUAGUCAGACACUUCUGUCCAUGAUGCUAAAGCUCUCAAACCUUUAAGAUCCACCUUUCAAAGAGUCAUAUCAAACAAACAAACAAACAACAGUCACGGCGGCCUGUAAAGAUGAAUUUUCCUCUCACUUUUUCCUCCAGCGGUCGUCUGAUCCGCAGGUUUGUUUGUCUAACCUUGCUGACAGGCUGCAUCUGGGGGUUUUGAUCAGCGUCAGGCAAUAAUGAGGCAGCGCUGAAAAGACACAUUUGUGGCUGAUAAACAUCCCCGAGAUCUGAAAGGUGUUGGGCAUCUGUGUCACGCUGCUCUGGGUAUUGAAAACAUUGAUUUAUUGAUUUGUGUUUACGUGCAGACACUCAUAUUUGAUUAAACGCAGGGUCAAGGAAGCUCGAGCUCUCAUUCCAAAUAUCUAACUGGGUUUGAUUUAGCAAUUAUUUAUAAUAAAACAGAUGAACUAUUAAUCAAAACAGAACAAAAAAUACAUAAAAAUUCACUUUUUCUGCUGAUCCUACAUCAGCAGUGUGUUGCAAUAGCCAGAAACUCCCGAGCUGAAACCGACUGCAUGAGACUGAAAGUUGACAGGCAGACUCUGAUAAAUAAUUGAUGUUCGAUGAUGCGUCUGAUGGACAGAUGAUUCCUGCUGCAUUCAGAGCUAAAUAUUAAAGAUAAAAACCAGGAACAGACACAGAACUGACAGAGAAGUCAUUUUAUACUGAACAGGAGUGAGUAUCAAACUCUGUAAUUGUCUCAUCAGGAGUAAACGGGUUUAUUAAAGCGAACCGCAGAUACAGGUACGAUCUUUGAACAGUGAAAUGUGUCACUCACUGAGUAUUUUCAGUGGAAAAAGUAAAAAAUAUAUAUUUUUCAUUCUCUUGGAUGUCAAUCAUCUGACACCUACCACCUCCCACAGCAGUUACAGGCAUUAAAAUCACAAUACAGGGAUUGACAGUCUUACAGCUUCACAUCUUUAGGGCGUAAAGAGACGUCGCAGUUCCUAUCAGCGGGUUUUUAUCUUAGCAGGAGACUAUGGUUUAACACCCAUCACCAGGUUGGAAAAGACGUGUGUGAGCUGGUUGUUCCUGACAUGAACUUUUAUGGAGUUUUAACCAAUCAGGAUCAAGUGUCCAGAACAGUCAGGUGGUUUAAAACUCCUCUGAGCUGAUUUUACGUCCAUAAAAGGACAUAAAUGCAGGACAUAAAGGGUCAUUAUGUGACUCCUCUUUGUUAUUCUGAAUCAAUAAUCAUUGUUGUGGAGUUUUAACCAAUCAGAAUCAAGUAUCCAGAAAAGUUGUGUGGUUUAAAACUCCUCUCAGCUGCUUUUACGUCCAUUAAAAUGCAUGUGUCGGUCAACUCUGCAGCAGACCGUUCAUGUUAGUUUCAUGCUGAGUUGCAGAAACUUCUCCGGAGACUUUACCGCUGAACUUUUCACAUGAACCAGCUAAAAGAAAAAUCAUGUUAAAUAUUUCUUUAUUUUUACAGUUGAAGUGAAGUUAGACUGACAGAUAAACUACUUCAAAAAUGCUCAAGUGUGUAACUUUCUGGAUCUGGUUGGAGGAAGAACAUCUGCUCUUUACAGAUUUGAUAUCUAUUUGGUCUCAAAAACUCACAGUUUGAUGUUUCACCAGACUGAACCAAACUUUUCCGCCCCGCUCCGGUUUGUUGCCGUGACCCCUCUGUCUUUUGCAGAGUCACGAUCAUUAUGCAGAGGAUGGACGAGGUGUUGCUUCGUUUCUAAAGGUCUCUCUGGUUUGUCGACUUCUCAGCGUGACUCCUCUCCCCUCUGACAGACUCCGGCUCUCAGUAUUCAGGGGGACCAGUGUGAUAUCACAGACAGAUUGGCCAAUUAACACAGAUAUUGAAUAAACUGUACGGACACUGCGGACCCUUCAUGAGAGCGGUCUUGGAAAGUCUGGGAAUUCCCAGGCCGGGUCGUUAAGUAUGCCGAGCGCCCAGCAGAGCAGGAAUCGCUGUCCUUCUUCUUUAACCUUUUCAGAAAAGGUUAAACCAACAGACUCGGCUUCUGUCUUUGUAGGAGGACUGUAUGAAUCAGAGCGGAGAUGUUCAGCUGCUUCUGCUGGAAACAAGCUAAAUACAUACUGACAUUUAACUCGCAGUUUCUCUACAUGUCGGUAAUUUACUGUUAAUUCUGUGUGUGUCUGCGUAUCUGCGAUGACAGAAUAACCACGCAUGAGAAAAAUGCGUUUAGCUGGUUGUUUUCUUUUACUUUGAGACACCCUAGAAAUUAAUAAUCCCCCAGAACCUUGGUUAUACGUUCAGGUGACUUAUGACUUGACUUAUUCCUGUAGGCUCCUAAGUGGAGCAUAGGGCCGCAACCACACCUCGCCAUCGGACUCUACUGGUCUUCUCCAGGUCUGUUUUGGUCUCCCCACUUUCCUUUUGUCUAGUGAUGUUAUCGUAGGUUUUCGGAGAGUGUGUCCAAUCCACCCCCACUUCCUCCUCUUCACAUCAUGGCUGAUGGAGCUCUGGUUGGUUCUCUCCAACACGCUGGCGUUUGAGUAUGAUGUAUCUUAGGCACUUGUUGACGAAGGUCUGGAGUUUCUGGGUGGUCAUACUUGUCACUCUCCAAGUCUCAGAUCCAUAGAGGAGAACUGACUUAACAUUGGUGUUGAAUAUUCUGAUUUUAUUCUUGAGGGACAAUGCCUUGGAGUUCCAGACGUUCAGGUUUGUUUCUCUUAUUUGCUGGAGGUGUUUCUGGCACCAGAUGCUGAUGUUUUAGUCCCAAUAUUAAGUGUUUCAUAAGAGUCCAAUUCUCCAAACUUCUGUGAUUUAACGCUCGGUUAAGUUCUUACUUUUAUUUAUUUUUGCCUCAAGAAUAGACUUUGUUGUCGUCUGUUUAUUACUUUGGGAGGUAAAUUCGAAAUGUGAUGAGAUAAUAGUCGUACUAAGAUGUAAUGAAGCAGAAAAAUUCUAUUAACAUCAAAAUACGUGUGAAGAAAUAAAGAAUAAAUCAGAUUUAUUUGCUUAAUGCUGCCCUUGAUUCGCUGCUGCACCAGGAGGCUAAAUAAGUCCUGUCAGAUCAUUAUCUCACGCCUCAAGCUGGAAUUUGAAGUAGUUGUUAUAUUUUCUAUCUUGUUAAGAAACAAACAAAAGUUCUGAGAUGAAUCUAAAUGAUUUAUUUCCGUUUUAAUCGUGUCCUCCUGAGAUCUGAGUUCCUGCUGUGACCCCCCGCUGUUCAGCUGGGUCACAUCUUUCUUCUUGUUUUCUAUUAAACAUCUGAAUUCACUGAAGGCUUUUUAAGAAGUUAGGGAGAUUGUUGAUGUGAUAUUAACUUCCACCUGCUCAUUGAAAUGCCUCCUGUUUCAAUUUUUCACCAGCGAUCAGUAACGUCUCCUGAAGGUUGUAGAAGUCGAGUUCUGGACGCUGACUGAAUCGGCCAAAGCAGUAAAUUAAAGGAAACUUAUUUGGGGGAAUAAUUCAGUGAAGCUGAGAGAAAAAGCAAGGGCAAUGAAUUCACUCUACCACCAAUUUCCAUAUUCCUCCAAUUUAUUUGAGCUAUGGCUGCUGGGAUUGAUGGAAACAAAUAUGAAGAAAGGGAAAAUUUACGUCCUCGCACCACAGAUGUUUUUGUUCGUCGAAAUAAAAAAAAUCUGAGCUUAUUAAUUUAUGCUCCUUUGGAGUAAUUAUAUAUUUCAAGUCAAGUCAAGUCACUUUAUCAAACAUGUGACCCUUUUUAAAAGUUGGGGCAUUACAUAAAAAAAAUCUGGGGUCUCGCUGCCUGACUCUGGAGUGGAAAUUCCUUCAUGGGGUUAAAAAAACACUUCAAAAACCACUUUUAUGUGAACAUAUAGUUGCUGCAGGUUAAACCAUGCAAAGAAAAAAUCUGAUAUAAUUAUGAUCCAGAAACACCUUCUCCCAUGUAAUUUGACUUUCUAUUUGGAAAUCAUGGACAGCAUCAAAAUGGGAAGGACCACCGAGCUCAUUAACAGCACAUAUCUAAAAAAAAAAACAGGCUCUGAAAUAGUAAAUAGAUGCAAAAGAGCUGUAAUAUAAACAGAUGACAUUUUCACAGAAGACAAUAACAAACCGUAACAAACAGUAUGUACUAAAACUGUACGGCUCUUUAGCAGAAGAGUCCAGGUGUCUGCUCACAGUCCUGACUUGUCGCUUUGUACAGCAAAUACAGCUGAAAUCCUCUCAAAGCAUAGCUACCGUUUUGGUCGGGAAACUACCGUAUUUUACCCCUUUUUUCCUGCCGUCUUCCCGUACUAGUAUUGUCCCAUAAAUCUCCUGUAUUAUAAAAUAUGUAUUAGGGCUGGGCAAAAUUUACCGAUACUGAAAUUUACGACAAUAACCAACGUCAAAAACCAACCAAAAGUUAGUUUUGGAUGUGUGUAGGUAGGCUAUGGUCUCAUGUCCCUUUAAGACGCUGUCCUACGUCAGAGACGUGACUCCACCCCAUCCAGUCUGUAACAAAGAGGGAAAGACAGGUGAGGAGAUGGAGGACAGUUCAAAAGUUGUAGCGGCUGAAGUAGACGAAGUUUAUGUGGGAGGGGGUGAGCAGCUUGUGGAGUAGUUAUCGUCCAUUUAUCGUUAUCGAGAUGAACUGAUCAAUAUAUUGUGAUAUUGAUUUGAGGCCGUAUCGCCCAGCCCUAAUAUGUUUACAAAAAAAAGCCUCUCCAAACUGAGCUCUGUCACUAGCGUGCGUUAAGUACCCACUAACUAGUUGUAGCGAGUUUUUAUCAGCUUGCUGCACUGAUUGCCUGUCUUGUAUGUAACUUAGGUGUGCCAUCUCAUGCUCUCGUUCUCGUAGUACUGUUUCCUCACUUUUUCGGAAAAUUUCCCUUAUUUUCCAAACCAAAACUUGACAGGUAUGUCUCAAAGUGAUCAUUUGGGAGCCUCAGGAGGUGAGAAUAAUGAUCUAGUCUUGAAAUCUGUGAGGAACCAUAGGGAGAAAAACUAUUUACUUUAUUAAACAAGGUAACAUGUGAGGUUAAAUCAUGAUAUGUUUAAGUCAGGAUCAGUAAAAAAGUGAAAGCAAUGUGAAUGAAACAUCUCAGUGGUCUCACAUGUAAGGUCAAGAAAACAGGAAAAUAGUUAAGAGGCAAAGAAACUUUGGAGGAAAAAUUAGUUUGUUUGAUCAGAAAUAUGGAAAAUAAAUGAGACACAUUUUCUGCUACAGACGUAUUGUUGUCUUUUGUGUUUCCAGUGAAAUAACAGAAGAGUAUUGAUAGUUUUUUGUAUCAUUAAAGAGUCUCAAUAAUGGUUUCAGACUGAAGUUUAAGAACACACUGCAAUGAGUCAGUCUGAAUGACUGACUUUAAUCAUGUCUGGUCCUCCAGAUACUGAAAAGAUGAUCCAUCUAAUCAAACCCAAGUGUCACGACAAGAACCCUUUUAAGCCCAGAGUGAGUCUAAUGUUCUUUAAACGGGUUUAUGGUGUCUUACACACCUCUAUAUGAGGACGACACUCUCUCUGACAGAGGUGGUAUGACUGCAGGUCACUGUUCCUCACUUUCACCGCGAGCCUCUCACCUGUCUCUGCGAUGAGUCUCUCCUCUGAGAUGAUGAGCCGCGUAAUCACCACAAUAAGAGAUCAUGGCCUUUGUACUUCCACAAAGUGGGAGCAAAGAGGCCAAAAUCCAUCAGACUCGGUUCCCCGUCGCAGCUGCAGAGAGUCCUUGAUAGAAAUGAAACGCGGGUCAUAUCACAGUCCCCAUCUGUGAUCAGCGGUGGAGGGUUUCAGAUCGGAGACGUUCCUCUCCGGCUGUGUGUCAAUUUGUCAGAUAACACAGAAGUGAUUAUGUCCAAAUUACUGAAACGGAAAAUUUGUUUUUCACUCUGAGCUCUGCUUGUUAGGUCUCCUAAUCACUGUGACAGCACACCUGUUCCCAGUCACAUCCACCGACGGAGAGGGAGGUUACAGGGAGCGUUUCAUUACACCACACACAGAAGAUAAAACAGAGAAGGAACAAUCCUCCGGUCUGUGGAAAUGUGACCAAGAUUACAGAGCAGGGAGCACAAAUAAGGUGCAUGAAUAAGAAAAAACAUUUCAUCUUCACAACCACCUGCUCUGCCGGAGGACUCAAUCGUUUCCAAGGAUACUAUUCAAUAUUUUAACCACGGUGUCCCAGACCAGCUUGGUAUAAACAACAAUCACGGCCGAGCAAAAUGAAGUCACUCUAGAGGGACGAUUCACGGCGCCGACUUUGUAUCGAUGUCUUCUUUUCAAUUCUGUCUCUGAGAAAACGCACGACUAACAAGAGAGAGAGACGCCAAACUAAGUUUUUAAAAGCGUAUCAAACACGGAUUCAGGACGUGUGAUGUGAAGCAAGUCACCAAAAUAGAUAUGUAGCGUGAUCGACAUAUUUCCAUCCCUCUCUUCCUCUCAUGUCCCGGUAUGUUUGGUCUAUAAACGCCGCCAUCAUCGUCUCAUUUGUCAUAAUAUUAUUGAAACGCAGAGGCAAAGCGACACUCAGGAGACCGAGGCCCUCGAGUCUUUUAAACAGCAGCAGGUGCUUGUCUCCUCAGAUGAACUUCCUGUGAGAGCUGCAGAGAGACAGAAAUAUAAUCAAAUCUAAUUUAUUUGCCCCUCUGAAGUGAUUGAAACAGCUUUUCAAUUUGUCUCCCUGUGAACAUGUAUAACAGGCAAAUAUAUUUACUCCUCUUUGAGUCCCUGACAGAGUGAAUGUUUUUGCUUUCACCGAGCGGGAAGAUUUACGACAUUAUGUGCAUCACAAACGGCUUUCAACACCGGCCUCUUUUACAUACCGGGCUGAUUGAUUGCAGCUUGUACUGAGCUCAUCUUUGCCAAAUCCAGGGAGGCUUUCAGGUGUCGCAUGAGUUCCGGAGGCUUUUUGUCGUCAGAAAAUGGUCUUAAUGUUAAAGCAGGGACACAACCACGAGGUUUGGAGAAGCUGAUGGUCGUGCAGCAGAUGCACCUGCGUGUGAGACAGUCAGCAAACAACUUAUUUUGAAGGAUUUAUAGUAGCUUCCUGUUUGGUAAAAGUGAAACCUGCAAGAUGGGAGAAGUUUUCAAACUUUGGGAGCAGAUGUAUGUAAUUUUGUAAAGUUGCAAAACCUCUUAAACAUCAUGAACAAAGUUUGGUGAAUUUUGGAGCAUUUUCAAACCUUCAAAAUUUUGGAUUCACUAUCGACAUGAAAGAAUUGGCUCUAUGAUGGGGCGCUCACACCAAGCAUGAGUAAAAUCAUCUACUCGCUUAAUCGGCGCGAAUCUAGACGCUUGAAUGAAUUUUAUUUACUCGCUUCAGUCGCGCGUCAAUGGUAAUUUCAACGGCAAUCCCUGCCAACUCAACCGGCGGGAUCAAGUGAUAAACAACUUUUUUUACAAUUUACCAGGUAAUCCGACCUCCUCUCUCACUUAUCUCCAGACGAUCUCCUUUUUAUUCCGGUUUUGGUAAUUGCAGGAAAAGGUAUCGUGUAAUUCGGGGCACCCACACACCGACACGAUCAGUUUGUCCUCCAUUUUUUAAACCAUUGAACAACCAUCUGUCUUCAUAUGUCACCUGGCAACCUUCGUGCUGAUUAGUUAUCACGACACAAAGAUCAGCUCAAGUUUCAGCUCAUUUGUGCCGCCAGAGUAGUAGGAGCGUCUUAUCGCGUCUUUGCAUUGACUUAACGUGUAAUUCGUUCACGCGACUGAUUUUACUCGCGGUUGGUGUGUGGAGAGAGUAAGUGUGAAAAAUACAAAAACAAAUCAGCUGUUUGCAGAGAGAAGAGGCUGAGAAGAUCGCACAACGUUUGUCCACAUUUGUAGUCAAUAAAAGAACAUGUUAGUCAUGGCGGACUAGAUUUACGAGGUUUCUGUCAAAGAAAGUUUGGCAAAGUUUCAGGCUUUUCUUUGUCUCUUAGAUAUUCUCUGAGUUUUAUAUUUUACACCUUGGACUUAUUAUCAGAAAUAGACAUCUAUAUUGCUACGAUAAUGUCAACAAACUCUAUUUUGGCUCAGAGCUGCACACUACUUAGGUUAAAAAAAUAGACAGUGCCUCCGUUUUCCAAGACUUCUCAUGGUACGUUUUUUAAAGGUUGUCUCAUUCAUGCAGUCAGCAGCUGUAACUUCCUCCUCAAAACUGCGACGUCUUCAUUUUCCUCAUGAAUAUCCAAGCCGUCCCAUAUUUCACCUCAGUUUUUAUGUGUUUUACUGCUACACUAACAAUCCUCUCGCUAACACCUCACCUUUCAGGGACACUUUUACUCUCUUCCAUCAUUAGCAAUCAGAGGCCUGGAGAUCAGAGGGAAAUGGAUGAGAUUAAUAUCAUGAUGUGUGAUGGUGAAUGAGCCGAGAGCAGUCAGGGUGGUAACCGAACGAAGACUGAAGUGGAGAAAACCGUCCGAGCAGCAGGUGGAGCGAGCGUAACCUUGCUUUAGGCGCCUCAUGGGGGGACGCAUGGACGACUUUUGAUGAGACUGUGGAAUUUAAAGCGGACUCAAAAGUCCAUGAAAGCCGAAGUACGUCUGUCCUUGUGUCCGAACGGUCCGUUGAUCCGCAGCAAUCUCAUCCGAGUACAUUUAAGAUUCAGUGUAGAUGCAAGACCGCUCAAGUGAGUCUGAGUUCUCCAGACAAACUGCUUUAAAUAAUGACAUGAGCAUCACAGCUGCAUUUUUUACCUCCACAUUCAGACAUCAAAUAUAAGUGGACCACUGUUUUAAGAAAUUACAGACUCAUUAAGAUAAAAACUUGGUAUUUACAGAAUGUUUUUUAGGAUUAGUAUCAUCUGCUAGGUCAAACGUACCCGAGGCUGAGAGAAAAUAAGAUUUUAGAGGAGCAGAUUAGAUGCACGGUCCCUGUACAUCAAAUACAUCAGCUGUGAAAUGUUCAAUUACAGUUCAGUUUGCAGAAAAAUCUCCAGAACUACCAGAGUUAACGGUUAAAUUUCUGUCUGUAAAUCUAACACAAUAAUGCAUGAAGUCAUGGCACCAGGAGGCAGCUGGGAUAAAAGCAUGGGCAUGCAGUAACAGAGUACUGUACACUCUGUGGGGAACCCUCAUAAGCUGCAGAGCUCCAUGUUUCUGCAUUAUUCUGACUGAGAGAGGCUGGACGGGUGCAGGGAGAGGAUGAUUUAUUUACAGCCGUUUCUCCGCAUGUCUCUCUGCCGGGGUGUUUCCAAGACUUGAAAUAUACACAGGGAUGAUGAAUGGAUACAGUCUGAAUGCAUGAAUGCAUGAAGCUCUACAGAAGAUCUUAAAGGAGUAAUUCAAGAACGUAAUAUUAUAUGACAAAGCUGGAAGUAGGUUUUGCGAAAUCACUGCUCUUACUUGUACCUGCAGAAAUAACAGUAAUUCAAAUGUAAAGCAUGUUAUUAAAGCCAAGAGAGGUAGAGGUAGACUGGAGUGGAGGACACUUAUUCUGAAAGUCCUGAAAUAAAAGGUAAAACCUGAGCUGAUUGGUUAUGUUAAUUUAGAGUAAGUUUCUUAAUGUGCCGGAAACAACCUAAAUUUUAUACCAUUAAAGAGUUAAACAGAGGUGACUUUGGCGUUAUAAUGUCUGGGAUUAUGUACAAAUAAUGAGCUCAGCUUUUUCAGAGAGGAACUAAUUAUUGAGGAUACUUUAUUGGAAAACACACCAGAUGAAAAUAAUGAUCAAAAUUGCUGAAGGAGACGUACAGCUUCGUAUCUUACAGUCCAUCGUAUGACUUGUUUCAUGGAGAAAAUAGCUUUAUUUCCAGCUUGUUUACAGUAUAGUGUAGGGAUAUGACUGCUCACAUUGUAAGGGGAUCUAAAAAGUAUGGAGAGACGUCGUGUUUUGAAGCAGCCUAAAAUCGUGCAUUUGGUCUGGCUGAUGCUCCUCACAGUUCAGAUGUAAUUGGCAGUGCAGCGGUAGCCAGCAGCACUUUAGAUUUUUGCAGGUUCAUAUUAAUUUGACAUCGCUCUCUGGCUAAAAAACAAACAAGUGAGUGUGAUGUUUCCCCUCCAAAAGGACAUCCCAGAGUGCAUCAUGGGUAAUGUAUUUAAGGUGCUAUCAUGAAUCAGCAGGUGAAACAUUAAUAAGGAGAGGACUGAAAGGGUUCUGGCAGCUGGUAAGAAAUCUUUGAACGCUGAAAAAGUUCCUCCAUGGGGUUGAAUUUGGCACAACUUUCAAAACACAACUUUCAUUUUAGAAAUUUUCCCAUCAUUUUGAUGCUUAAGAGAAAAAAAGGUUUUAUUGUGUUUUCAUAAAAGCGAAUAUGGUUUAAAAAGCCGAAGUCCUACCUUGACUCUUGGUGAUAAAGAGGGAAAACGUUUUUGGCAAACCAGUCGAGUUCAGCAUUUCUUUCUCUCUGUUGAAGAGUCGCUGUAGUUUUGGGAAAAAAACAGCUUUGACUGAGCUUUAAACCUUGCUCCUUGUGUGGUCUCUCUAUUGACAAAAUCUUUUGUUGAAUCUGAAUGAACAAAAUUUUGAAGAAAGCACUUUGAAGACAUGCCAGGUUGAAUCCUGACCUCGGUCACCAACAUUUUUUUAUGUUUGAUUUGAUGUUUAAUCAAUCAGAGUGACUCACUGCUUUGACAAAAGUAACUCGGAGGAUGAAUUUGCAAACCAAACGGACAUAUGCAUACAGAGAACUGAUGAAUUGUCCACAUUGCCGCAUAGUUCCUGCAUGACAAGUGUUUUGGUGCUGGUGCAGAGAAAAGGAGUUAUUCUUUCUCCACCUUUUGAUAAAGUCGUGUCCCUUGGCAGAAUUUAAAUGAUGUGAAAGUCUUUUCUCUGCGGGAGAAAACAAAGAAGGAAAAAUACUAAGAGGAAAAAUAUCUCCAAAGCCCUCAAACUUGCCCUUGAUGAUAAGUUCACGGCUGCUCUGUCUGAAGGUUUUGUUAAACUGUAUCACUCGUGUCACAUCUCUGAUACCCCUUGACAUGCUGACUGUAAUUAGUUCGGAGAUUAAUCCACACAGCGUGGUCGAAUGUGGCCUUUUCCCAUCGUGCUCCUGAAAUAAAGGCCGGCACGGAUAAUCAAAUAAUAGGUGAAUAUCAAUGAAUGGACCAAAUCACUUCAGUCCCUAGCUCCCUUAUGCAAUUAUUUCCUAUUCACAUUAAUUAUUGCUAACAGAUGACAUUAAUGACUUUGAGAGGAAGCUGGUCGUGGCGGCCCUGCAGACGAUCAAUGCUGCUUUAAAUGGGGUCACAACACUUGGCACCUUUGGGUGUGUAUGAUUGGAAAUGGCACUGAAUCAAAAAGCAUCUGAGUCACGCCAGUUAGCAGUGCAAGCAGUUUUUAAUACAAGGCUUCAUUUACAGGAUGAAUUCUGCUCAAAUAAAGGGACAAAUAAGGAUGCAAAAGGCUCGUCUAACAAUAACAAUAAAAACGGGAAAGUGCUGGCGUAAAGGGGAAUGUUUGUCAGAGUUAGAAAAGUGUCGGCGAUCAAUGUUUUUCAAUCAGUGAUUGAGCUCUUACAAUCCGACAGGUACCUAAUGAGCGCUCAGUUUCAGCAGAUACUCAAGUUAAGGCACCAGAAGUGGUGCUUUCUAUGGUGGCCAAGGACCGCCGCUGCUGCAAAUAAAAAAAGAUUGCGAUGGACAAAAAAGUUACUUACUGCGAAAAUAAAAGGAUGCAAAUAAAAAAAGCCACAACAGAAGUGAGCUCCCGGGGACCAACAAUAAAGUGUUUUGGCCUGAGUCGAUAUGAAGUUUAACUUUUUUAGCAUUCUUUUUUUAUUUGCAGUAGUGGUGGUUCUCAGCCAACGUAGUUUUUAAGGGUCUGAUACAGUGAAAAACAUGUGAUUCCUUGCCUUAUAUAUAUAUAUAUAUAUAUAUAUAUAUAUAUAUAUAAGCAGCCCUGAAAAACCCUUUGCAUUAGUCCAUAGUCUGCCUGCUGGGAAAACAUAACUUCAGCAAGCCAAUUUUGGAUUUCCUCCUGUGGCGAUGUGAUGACAGCAGUGAUUUCUGUUGGCAUGCAUGUCCCUCCCACUCCAAACCACGCCACUAACUCUGUCAUUGGUUCAAAAAACAAACACUUAUGUCCAUAUUCUGUCCCAACAUGGUUUCACUCAUGUUUUAAUGUACAGCAGAGGAAUACUGCAAAUCCUUAACAGCUGUUGCCUUCUCUGGGUUGAAUUCUGGUUCAUGUUUGGUAUACUGAUGUAGACUCUCCUGGAGCACUCGCCAUAUUUGGUUUGGUGUGUUCUGCUUCUGCAUCUAUUUGCACAGCUCUUUAUUCUCCACUUAUUAGACAAUAUUCAGGCGGUCAAUCAGCAUAUUCCUUUGAGGGAUUUUUCAAGUAAGCAAUGGUUUUGUAACACCUUCAUUGGUUACAUAUUUCCUUCACAGGAGGUCCAAAGGAAUGGGAAAGCAGGCAUCCCUGCAGGACGGUGGCCCAGCCUGCUGAGUCUAACAUGCCCUCGCAGCAGUGGUAGCGGUAGUGGCAGCGAGCAGUCACUCUCCAGCGCUUGUAGUGAGUACUCCAGUGGCUCCCACACCUGGGCAGAGGGCCGUGGAUUCUCCAAGCAGGUGAGUUUCACUCCUGUCUCUUCAAAUUUAGUAUAAAGUAUUGUAAAAUUUUAGUUUUUGGCAGCGUUAUUAGAUGAUUUUGAUUUAAAAGAAGUGUUGUUAAGAGAAGUAUUUCACUGACAUUCUCUCCAUGUCACAGUGUGCCGUAAGCAGGGACAAAAGGAUGAGCACUGGUUCAGUAUCCAGCAAUAAUUCAGCACCAAUUGAGCAGACAGAACUGGGAUGGAAGGAAGGACACAUCCUUAAAGGUCUGAAACGUCUCCAGACGAGCUCCAAAGAGGCCGCAAUCGCACCCGUUCCACACUGCAAAGACUGCAUGACCUUCAACGAGGGUAUUUACUCACUCGGUGUUAAGUGUGGCCAACAAGGGAGCACAGCCAAGCCAGGAGUCCCAACCAGUACACCUGCCAAAGCUGCAGCAGGAGUUAUCGCCCUUGAUUCUGAUUAUGCUGAGGAUGAUUCUCCAAAAUUACAAAGAACUGAAUCCAGUGAAACAAAAGAGCUUCUUUCUUUGGAGAAGUUAGAGGUCCCAAGAGAUGAAGACAACAAUUUCCAUGAAGAUCCCAUAAAACUUGCAAGGGAUUCUGGUCUUUUCCCCUCACCUGUUGCAGACAACUUCUUCUUUCUCGAAGGCCCCACCAUCAAACCUGGUAUAAGCCCGACAGAGAGCCUUUCGCACCUGGAGGAAAGAAAGCACUCUCUUGAGAAACACAAGUCAUCAAGCCUGAAGUUAAGCGACAAAAACAAUAACCAAGAAAGGUCUACUGACCGCAAAUCCAGACUUGAUCAGGUCAAAAGACAACAGGGUAGUUUUGUAGUCAAGCAAGUGGAAGCAGGAGCCAAUGAUGUGAGUUCAACCCUCCAGAAUUGUGCAACAAGAGCCCUGAGCUGUGUGAGUGCAGCCAGGCAGCGCAGCUCCUCCAUGGAGGUCCCUCACUGCAGGGAUCAGGCAAGUCAAGCAGGAGGUGAAAACCAGAACUACACGAUCUCAGAAUCUCCUCAACGGAAACCCAAACCUCAACUUUGUGACUCUGCAAGAAAAGCUUUUAUUCUUCGAAGCAAGAGCGCCGAUGCAGGACAGGAACAACCCAAACACACACACUCCCCUCUCCACCAAAAGCUUAUUAAGGGUCACAGGCCUAGGGGACAGUCCAACCCCCCUGUACACAGUGUGUCCAGCAAAAGAUCGACUCUCAGCAAAACACACGGAUCAAGCAAAGGAGCAUUACCUAAAGCUGAGAAAGACGAAGAUGUUGCAGUUUCAGCAAGUUCCAAGUCUCUCAAAAGUAUGCAGCAGUGCUCUCCUCUCGCUUCUCCUGUGAAACAUGCAAAGACUUUCAAACCUCCGGGGAUCAACGAGAGCUCCAAGAGUCCAACAAAACUACCUUUGCAAGUGACCAGACCUCAAUCAAGCAACGACUCUACAGAAGACGGCAUCUAUGACAAUUUGCCGUGCUCGCCGCGGAAACAACGCCGCCAAGACCAACACUGUGAUGUGUCCCAUACAGAACCAAGAUCCCCGUCUCCACCACUACCUCCUGGUCGAACUACUUCUCUGGUUCUCAGAUCUGGAGGUGACAGCUUAUCCAAAAUGCAAACAUCUGCAGGCCAGGUUCAAAGCUCAACAACCGGGAAGGUGACAAGCAACACCAAGCCACAAUCAAAUCAGCUUCCUUCUGCUCCUCAGCCUCAACAAUUCAAUGACAAUCCAAAUGCCCCAGAGAUGAGUGCUGAGGGUAUGCCACUGAAAGAUGUCCCUGCCAAGGUUUACCAUACCAGCUCUUCAAAGAUACCACAGGCUCCAGUUCAAGAGUCACAAGCUCCUGAGCCAGUCCAGUCAACUAUGGACAGAUGUGUGACCUGUCACUAUGAGAAUGGUCCUCCUCUUCCAAGUCAGAGCAUCUUACAGAGAUCCCAGCAGAGCAUCAGUGAGCCCAAACUUUCAGAAGUCCUGCCUCAGGCCUAUUCUAAUGUUUACUAUCAUGGGAUUGUGAAUAAUCUUCAGAGUUCUUCCUCAAGAGCUGUAAAAAUGGCACAUCCAGUCAACGCAAAAUCUCACGAAGCAAUCCCCGGACAAGACUCCAACACCUUCCUCCUUUUUGGAAGACAGAACAAAGAUGAAACAAACCCUGCUCCAAAAACUCUCCAGACCUUUCAGACUUUCACGUGUGAUCCUCAGAUGAUGCAUGAGUGUGGCGCCCAUGACAAGGCCCGCAGAAAGAUCGAGACCCGCUGUAACUCGCUGGAUUCUGAGCCCCCAGUUCAACCCGUCCCAUCGGACAGUGGUGUGAUGUUAGACUGGGGGUUUGAUGAGGAAGGAUGGCUGUUUAAACGAUCAGUGUCCGUGUCGACCAGGCCGCCACUUAAGCCGGUGAUGGGCAUGAACGGGGCCAAGGCUCGCAGUCAGAGCUUUGGCGCUCGCUACAUGGACAGGCCAAGCUUCAAUAGAUCUGGAAAGGUCCGCACUCAGAUCAAAACCCACUCAGGUAGCUCCUUGAACUCCCUCAGUGAUGUCCUUCCUGGAAGUAUGAGUUGUUCCAGUAGCUACCACUGUCCAAUGAACCGAUCCCUUUUGAACAACUUCCUUAUUGAGGAGGGUUUGGCGGUCCCUUCACAGUUGGGGUCCUCCAGCGAAAGACUGCAAAGCCUCAAACUCCAACGUGAGCAAGCUAGGCGCCUUCAAAUCGAGCAACAGUUUUCAAGCGCCUUUGGCGAGCCAGUCUCUGAGGAACCGGAGAGACAAAGUACCAUAACCACAAUCGAGGAAAAGGUGAUGCUCGGUAUCGAGGAGAACUUGCACAAGUCUCAGGAACAGGAGAGGAGCGUUGAAGUGAAGCAAAAAUCAGGGUCGACUUUAGCCAACUGGUUUGGUUUCCGUAAGAGUAAACUCCCCGCUCCAAGUAGCAAAAAGACGGAUCAGCCGAAAGUGAAGGAGGAGAAGAGGGAGCAGAAGAUCACGUCACUUCUCGGAGGGAAGCAGACAAAGUCGGAAAAAAAGAGGGACAGAAGAAAAAGUGAUGGAAAAGACUGGUAAGAAAUCUUCCUUUUGCUGUCGAUGACUUUUACGAUUUUCACUGUCCUUUAAACUUUUCAAGAUUCAAACAGAUUUCUUCAUAACUGAGAGAAGAACUUUAACGCCUCAGAUAUAUGGGCGCCAUUUGGGUGAAAAAGGUUAGGGUGACCCCAGGGGCCUGUGGCUGCCAGGGGCCCCAGAAUAUAUUAGAAGAAUACACUUGAUCCACUUUAAAUUUAGACCCAACGUAAUUAGAGAAAACUUUCUUUGCAGUGUGCUGAUAAAAAAAACCGUCUCUGUGUUAUUGCACUUACACCCCCUGUAAGUUCAUGAAAUGGUUCAGUCCUUCCUUCUUAUUCCUUGAUAUAAGAGCGAGCACUUUUUUCCUGACAGUGAGUGAGGAGUGAAGAGUGACACAUCAUGUCAUGAACCCAGAAAGGAAAGAAAAGAGACAGGAGGAGGCAAAGGUGGACAGCACAUCAUCCAGUCUUCUCUCUUUUAGAAAAGUGGGUCUAGACAGUGUGAGAAAUGAAUCUGAUAGAAGAGUAAACCUCGAAUGCUCCUCUGGUAUUUGCUGUCUCAUAUAUGGAAGCAUCCAAACUGUUUUUUCACACAAUCAAAAACAUUAAUUUUUAUUCUUCAGUUGCUCUUUUGACCGUUUUCUUCUUGCUUAAUUUAACAAUGAGACAGAAGAUUGUUUUCUGACCUUUCAAAAUAAAAGCAGGUUUGAACAAAAUGGAAUAUGGAGCAAUCAAAACACAAGACAGCAUGUAUAGAUAUGAAGAGCAGUACAGUGAACCGCUGUUUCAGCAGUUUCUGUAAUUUUACAAGAUAUUCAAUCAAUGCUCCUGCACUGUCUUUGCUGUCUCUGCAUUAAUAAACACAGGAAAAUAAAAUCAUCCUAUCAAAAUUCAAUUUGCAUUGUAAAAAUGGCCUUUGGCGCUUUACUUUUCAGUCCCGCAUCAAACAAUCAAAUAGUGAGCUGCAGUGCAUGCAGCAUUUUGCAUCCAUAUCCCCUCAGUGUAAUAAUUUUAGGGUUGGCAUGCUAACAGCGAGUGAAGUUGUGGGGUCCUGUAAGGUGUUUGUUCACGGGUGGUGCUCCUGCUCUAAGGACUGUGUUUAUUUUCACUGAGCAGUCAAAGACGAGUCCGUCUGACGGAUGGAGAAGCAUUUCAGGACGAGAUUAGCUGCCAGGUUCCCAGAGAUACAGGACAAUCUAUCACCCACGGCAUGUUGAGUCAAUACCAGACGGUUGUAGUUUGUUGUGGUUUGAUGACAAACUGUUUUCUUUCAGUUCUGUGGGGAGGAGAGAGUCUCAUGAUGCAGUGCGAGCGUGCAUCUCAAUGCCCUGCCCGGGAAUGUCCCUGAAUGGGAUGCAAGGACAUGCUGAAGUUAUUGGGGACCCAAAGGUAAACAAAAUCAUGUCUGUCAGAAAAGGCCGUUAUUUGAUUAAUGAGAAAAUGGAUUCAGAGUUUGAGUCCAUCUUAGUUCUUGUUAGUGUACGGUAGGUUUACUUCAGGAAUAUCACAGAGAGGGACUGAAAACAAAACAACAAAAGUCUGGGAGCAGAUGACGGGACUUUAAGGACCAUCAAAUGAGAACAGUUGGAUCAAAUAAAAACAGAAAAGCACAAUUACAUGUCUCUAUGAGCCAGAAGUGCUUCAGGCUAAUUUCACCGACUGUCCCUCAAACCCUGUUACACUUAGUUUCAUCACUCUGGCCUUCAUUAUCAACAUUGUUUUAAGACUUUUACAUUUAUCCCUGUAUUCAUUACUUUCUCCUUGAAGCCACUUUAUUCAUUCAGAGGAUGUAUCAAAAAUUUAACUAGUGAUUGCAUCAAAUUUUCAGAAGUCUCAGGCAGAUUCACUUUGGUGUUGUUCAAAUUUUUUGUUCAAAACUGUGAAACUGGUGAAACAAAACAAAGAAAAGCUCCAGGGAGGAAAGCUUGUAUAAAACUGACAUGUCUCUUCCUUUCUAUAAUCAAAGAAAAGGAUAACAUUAUCAGUUUUCACCUCUGUGUGACUCACUGUCUGUCAGUUAUUCUCUUUUUAUAUAAAAACAACAUAGACAAAAUAAACAGAGUGAAAAAAUGAGCAAAACUAAGAGUGACUGUUUUUCUCACAAUAACUCAAAGAUGCAGAUGAUGAACCUGAGAGCUGAUGGAGAGAAUGGAUCCACUGUGAAGACCCCCAACCAGGAGCCUGUAACAGGUGAGGGGUUUUUGUUAAAGGUUCCAGUAACUUCCUGCAUAAAUGGGUCCAAAUUUAAAGGGAUAGUUCGCUCUUUUAUUUUGAAGUGAGGUUGUUGGACGUACUUGUCGGCAUUAGGUAUUUUAUCCUGGUGUCACUUACGCACGUGGACACAGUUUGACGAUGCACAGCUGCCCUCAACACUGGACCAUUUUCAGACAAUUUGAUGGGAUGUACCUGGUGGAGCCAUUCUUUAGUUUACCUGUGUGGCGCUGUGGAGAGCACCACAGGACAUAUAAGGUGCACACUAAUUACCUCAGGUAUGGUGCACAGAAAGCCUUUAGUUUUUUGACUUCCAGCUGAAUUUUUGUGUUGAUUGAUUGGUUUAUGGCGCAAAAGAAUAAAUGGAGCGAUAUAUCCAAUUUUUUUCGCCGACAGAACUUUUAUUGUUUUAGCUUAAUGGAACAAGUAAACGGACACUCAGUGGACAAACAAAAAACUAGCUGAGGCUGCGAGUGCAUAACAAGUACAACAACAGUACCCACAACUUAGUGCUCAUUCUCCUGAGUCUGUUUUUACUUCCUCACUUCCGUCUUUCCUGCUGUGUGAGUCACUUUGUUGUGCCUCUUUGAGGUCUCUUUAGUUCCUCUUGAGUGUUAGACUUUUGAAUUUCUUUUCUUGGAUAUUUAAAGUCAGAAUUUCUCAGAGAACAAACUUACCUCUGUGUAAUAAACAAAUUUAGCUUCAGGAAUCCUUCGACAGAUCUAUCCUGGAUGAGCUCCAGUUUAUGUUACGACCAUCUUGUUAGGGUGAAAGGAAGUAAAACAAACCAUAGAGGCUUGAUAAGGUUGAAGGACCUGUGGAUGCUCUAGAACAGAAGGAGGAUUCUGACUGAGAGUUUCUGUCUAAAAAGAGAGAAAUAACCUUCAUUCGUGACAGCUGUGUCUCUCUGGGCUCAUGGUUUACACAUGGUCUGCACCACCAGAUAAUUUGGCAUCAGCCCGAGUCUCCAGUUACGCAGAAGUUUCUCCCCUCUCUCUCUUUCGGUCCUUCUUCCUCUGAUCAGUGGGCUGCAAGCCGAAGAGGCUUUUUGGUGGUGAAGUGAAGAGCCCCAAAAUUCUCUAAAUAGAGCGUAUGCUCACAGUGGCACUAAUCCCGGUGUCUGAGUUUGUUAAAAUGAGCUAAAUUAUGUGGUAGCAUUGAUCCUGUCAGCGGCCCAGCUUCUGCUCUGGUUCUCCUGCUGGUUCCUCAUUAAAGGUGCCAAACUUCAACGGGAUCUCCUUCAGGUGACACACUUAGUACCGACGAGUACCUCACACAACCCCGCUCCAAAACAAUUAAAAUGCAGACUUUCCCUUUAAUCUUGGCGACUGUAAACUAAACUGAGGUACUGGGUACUUAGCAGCGCUGUUUGCUGUGUGGAUGUAAGCAUGCCGGCUUGAAGGUCUUGUCUGUGUUUACCAUUUUACAGUUUGCAGACAGAAGUGAAGACCAAAUAUGAAAGAUGUGUGUAAGUCAUGAACAUGAUGAAUCUGCUGUUUGAGUCAAACAAAGAGGCAAAAUGCUUCAUUUUGUCGCUGUGUGCUCUCCGUUUGGCCAUGUUUUUGUUUUUCUUCCUUUUUCUGCAUUCUUCGUUGUUUCGGUGGUGAUUUCAAUCAGGACGAUCAUUUCACCAGGGCUGUGUUUCACGCAGAGUUUGCCCUUUAAUGGUGAUAUUGUAAACAGCCUUGACCGCUCAUCUUCACAGAACCAUGCACUGGAAAUUUGCAUGCUCAGACUCAUCCCAUCAGGAUGAACCUAUUCAUCCAUACAGCCGCCUAAGCUGCCUCCUGAAAAUGAACUCUAAUCUUGUUUUAACCCACACACACAUAUAUAUAUAUAUACACUCCUGACAUUUCCUCUCUUAUUAUUGGACGCUCAAAUCCUGGUAUUUUCAGCCUUUAACAAAUAUGACAAGAGACUGUCUUCUGUCGGCUCACAACAUGAACGACUGUUUGGUUGAAGUGAGGGAGCACCUUGGGAGCGAGCAGGAGGAUGAGUAAUAGCGACCGUUUAUGUGUCAAAGGAGUUAAAGGAUGUCUCCUCAACUCAAACGCUGCAGCAAAACACAAAAUACAGACACCAGAGGUGAGAAGUGAAGGGUGUACGCAGGAAAAAAACUCACUUAAUAUAAACUCCAUGACUAUUCAGCCCAGCGUCUCACAUCGAAUGUGCCAGAAAUGAGUCAUGCAGCACUGGCAAACAAAAGUCAAGUUCAUCUAGAUAUAUUCAGCUGUUUGCAUCUGUCUGCUAAGGUGUAUAGAUGCAGUUUAUGGGUGAAAUUUAGAUGCAUCGUUUAACUAGAUAUUUUGAGUUUGGCCCAUGGUUUGUUAACGUGAAAUAGUGCAGGGCUCAAACACAGCUUCAUUAGGAGGUUUCACAAGGAAAACAGGCAAGAGACGAGUCAGAUGCAAUUAGCAAAAUGUGCCAAACUGCUCUUGGAUUAACAGGCAGCAUGACUCAGCUGAUAACUCGCCUGGUGUGAACAUGGAGGCGGAUAUGGAUUCGUCUGAAGGUAGAUGCUUUAGGAGUGAGGGGAAAAAUAUCGCAGGCUUUCUCCAUGCUCUGCUGGCUAACACCCUUUCUGGUUAAGAGACAAUAACUGACACCACAGCUUUAUUUAUGUAUCAAGACCGACAACACUGUGAACAGUUUCCUUUUAUAAGCAGGUACAAAAGAGCUCCUCCAACACUAGUUUCAGACAUAAAGAAAAUCAGAUAAACAAAUUGUAUUUGUCGCCCCUGAUGGUCCUGUUUGCUUUCAGAUAUCAUAAAAAGGCGUCAAUAUGAAUUUCAGUCUAUUUCAUAAACAUUAAAAACUCCUUAUAGGAGCUUUAAAAACCAAAAAAGAUCAGUUUUAUCUCAGAGUUCAGCAGCAUUUUGAUUCCUCUGUAACGCUCAUGUUUUAUCAGACGGAGAUCAUAUGUCUCACUCAGAUAUCUUCUUACUAACCUCAGGUGUUUACUCCAAGUAACGCCCAUUUUAACACUAAUUUAUGGGCUUCAAAUCAUCAUCAGAGCCCAGACUUCUGGAUUAGAAAAUACCCCGAAUAUGUCAAAACACUCGAGCCGUCUUUGGCUGGGAUCGACUCGCUAAUCAAUGACGCUUCAGCUCAGAUGUGAUCGGUCCAGCCCACACACACACACACACACACAUACAUUUUGCGCUCUGGUUGAAGUUAAGGGUGGCAGAGAGUGGGCGAGAGUCAGACGGAGAAACUUGGCAUGAAGUUAAACUUUUUUUGGUCCUCACUUCAUGGUGGUCACUUUGCUAAAUUAAAAAACAGCAGCAGAUAAAAGUCAACCCAUCGCUCAGGUAGAGGACUGGGGACACACCUUGCUGAAAUUUCAUUGACCAGAGUGACACCAUCAGCAAGCCUCUGCAAAUACCAAGCAUGUUUGAUACGGCCGGCCGCCUGCCCUCAGGGGUUAAUCACCUCAUUAAAAUUUCAGCAGAGCAGCAGCAGAGCACGCUCAUCUGAGCCACAACUGAGUCAAUUAGCGUCGCCUUCAGCUCUGAGCUGCAUCGUGGCAUCCAGACUGGGAACAAACUUCUGUGGCCUUCAGUUUCAAAGUUAACAGAGCACUUUUUAAAACUCCAGAGACAAACACAAACACAGGAGGUGAGGUGAAACGAUAGCUUUAGUGACACUGAAGCGAGAAAAGUCACAUUUCCUAAUCAUUUUGACGGAGAGUUUGGAGUUAUCCACUUUAAUAUGUUUUUAUUAAGCUAUCGCUCACCUUGAUUUUUCAUUUAGAGGGUCAGCUUGAAACUUAUUUGCUCACAGUUUGCAGGUUUUUUUUGUGAAAACUAGUUAUUUUCUCAUCUGAGGAGAAAAAUACCAAAAAAAAGAAAAAAAAGUUUCCAAUCUGUCUUGAUUGUACUCGUGAAAAUAUUUCUGGAAUCAGCUGCACAGGAAUUUUUCUCAUGCGAUAAAUGGUAAACUUUUUACUUUUACAGAAAAAAGUUCAAAAGUAAUAUUCAAAAUAAAAAAUAGAGAUUUAAGAGUAGAGGUUAGUUGAAAAAGUUCAAAAUAUCAAAACAAAAAAUGAAGAUCACUGCAAAAAUGUGUCCUUCUCUUCUCCUGGGUCUGUAUUUGAAGUAUGUUAUACCCGUUACCAUGACGACAAUGUUAUUGUUAAGCCAAAAGUCACUAGUACACAGGGUCGCCGUUUUAACCGUAACAUUGGCAGUUUUAACUUCAUCUUUAAAGGCCGUGAUCCAGGAGCGGAGUGAAUCAACAAAUGAUAAAUAACUUUGACAAGAUUCAGAAAGAAAAUAUUCAAAGAAAACAGAAACUGGACGGAGGAAAAUAACCCUGAAAACACCUGAGCAGAACUGUACAGUUUAAUUCUACCAUGUUAGGAUAUUUAGUGGAGCGAUAUGUACGAUAUCUAUUAAAAUAACUCGUAAAAUAACCUUAAUGUAUUAUCAAACAUUAAAGAAACAUACUAAGUUAAAAUACUGGCCUCCAUAAUCACAAUACAGCAAACAGAAAAGUUCUAAUCUCAAGUUUUCUGAGUACUAUAGAAAAAAACGAAUAAAUGAUGCAAAUAAGACAUUCUCCAUAACACAUACAUCAUUACUUUAAUUUCACUCUUACAUACACACACCGUCUUAUAUGAUUUUCAGUGUUUUUAUAUCCUCGAACCAGAAGAUCAUUACCACAAAGUUGUCUUGUUACAUCGAGCACGUAUCGAUCGGGUGUGGUGGAGCAGAGAGGAGACACGAGGAGGACAAAAACAUCAGCGUUCAUGUUAAAGCCUUGUUGAAACCAAUCAAUGCUCAGCCGCUCUGCUUCAGUCUUUCCAGAGAAGACCGUGCCACAGCAGUUCUUGUUAACUCCAACUUAAGAACAAACCAAUCAAUAACGCCUGUUCUGUCCUCUCUGUUCGAUAAUUUGUACUUGUUUACUUCAAGAUAAAUAUAAUCAUUUCUAUCUGAGGUGCUGCCUCGCUAACAGACGAAUAUACGGUCAUAAAUGUGUCCACUAACGCUCAAUUCCUGACAUAUGUAACUGACUCCUGGUAUAAAGUGUUCAGUUUGUUUAUAUCUGACAGGCAUAUUCACAAUUUCACAAUUUUUUAAAUAAAUUGAGUUCUCCAUCAGAAAAAAAGGAGCUUGUAGAAAGUCAGAGGCAGGGUGUAAAGUCUCCUGCGUGCACGUCUUAAUUAAUAAAAGGGGAGCAGCUGUUGCCCGUGCUGCAGGGUUUGAUUGCCUUCAGUUCCUGCUACAGGGUUCAUGUUAAAAACACGAGUCUGCACGGCAACAGCUCGAGGAAAUCUCUCCUUAUUUUGGUUUUCUGCUCACUGGACGGAUGGCUAAAACAUUUGUUCUGAAACAUAGAUGACUCAUACAAACACGGGUGAACAGAGAGGUUUACCUCUCUGUAAACACAUGUAAGACGUGAAAUGAUGUGACAGCGUAUCAAACUUGAUUGACCCAAAAUCUGCUUCUUCAAAUAGUUCAACAAUUAAAGAAAAAAGUUCUCAAGUGUACAACUGCAAAGAAUUUGUGGAUUUUGUAAUCAGAUAUUUGCAUUUGAGGUAGUUAGUAGAAAACAAAUAUUAGGGUGACCAUAUUAUGACGUAAUCCUGACUGCGCGGGGGCGGAGUCACAGAGUCGCACAAAGUUAAUUUUGAGAGUUUUUCGGGUCAGACCGAGUGUCUUUUACGCACUUCUAACUCAGUAAGGUCAUGUGACACGAACUUGAAACUUACGUACAAAACUGUAGACAUUUGAAGGAUUUUAUAAACUCCCCCAGACAAAGUCCGGACAGCCCCCAAAAAAGAAGACAUGUCCGGGUAAAAGAGGACAGAUCGUCACCCUAUAGUGUGGCCAUGAUUCAGGCGGCACUGCAUUGAAAAACAGACAUGACUCUGCAGUGGAAGUUGCCGCAUAAGUAUAACUACUGUACGAUAAAAAAGUUAAUUGCUUUGUCCACAAUUGCAUUUUUAAAUCUCAUCAUGCAGAGAGAAAAUCACACAAACAAAUGAUUCAUGCAGGUAAAGUGGAAAAUCAGAUUUGACAUUCUUUUUGGGAAUCCCAUCCGUCAGUGUAAAGAGCGACCACCUCACUUCUCUUGCACACAGUUCAAAGCCAGCAUCCGUUGUGGUUUAAUGAUGCAUCAGUGUCCAUGUUCUGGGUGGUCCACACAUGUGUAAAGGCUCCAUUAAUGCUGAUCAAUAUAAACAGGUUUAAGAGCAACAUAUGCAGCCAUCCAGACGAUGACUUUCUUUUGAGGAUUUUGCAAAUUUAACAAAUAGGCGCCAAACCAGACGGUGCAUGUAUUACAACAAUUUGGCUCAGUUGUAGCAGAGUCCAUCUGCUACAAUGUGGACUCUGUCUGCAGCCCUGACUUCACAUCCAUUACAAACAUUUUGGCAAGACUCAGACCUGGUCAUUCUUAGAGCUCCAUUAGUAGGUCUCUUCAGACCCUAAACUCUAGAAUACUAGAUUUAUUAAAAGAAGAGUUAACGCAGUACAUGCCUCAGUCAUAACUUUGUUGAAAUGUGUUGCUGGUAUCAAGUUUAAAUCUAGCGAAUCUUCUUUAAAAACAUCAUUUUUACAGGGUUGUAAUUUAGGACUUUUUCAGCAUCUGUGUUUUUUAGAGCAUUAGAAACCAAAACUAUAAAUACUUAAACUUCUUUCUUCUGGUCGUGUUUGCUCUUGAAGGUCACAAAUAACUAUGUUUAAUUAUAUUAUAACAAAUUACUAUGUUUUUUUUAUCAAUUUGGGGAAGAAUAACAACUAAACUUAUCCUAUUUUUGUUUCAGUUGGCUUAUAUCUGAACAUGUCAACAAAUGUACGUGCUGUAGAAGUAUAUUUUAUGUUUGAGAUGUGACAGCUUGUCCGCCUCCCAAGCUGUCAAACUUUCCCGAAUGAUAUGUUUGACAUAUCGUUGAUAAAAAAUACACAUUUGAAGUGUAUUUAAAAAUCAUUUCAUGAGCCAUUCCCUGCAUCUCAUACCCACAGUGUGAUCGGUGCAUGCUAGGUGUUAAAUAACAAAACAAAACAUCCAUUUAACAACAUCCGUGAAAAGCAGUGGUUCAAGUGGGCUGUAUUUGGACAAAGAAACAUUAUCCUGCCUCAUACUUAGGUGUUAUUAAUUUGUACCAUUUUUGUAUUUUAAUGUAAACAAUUGGCAGAUAAAAUGUGUAAAAAGAAAAGAAAAGAUGAACUAUCUGUUGCUUUAAAAAGACAGAAUACGAAGAGGAGGAGGAUCACCUGCUUCCAAGAAACAAACAGUGAGGGUAAUGUGGCAGGAAUAACAAGGAGGCAUGAGGGAAACAAUCAAAUGAUGCGGCAGAGAAAAUCCAUCAUUAUUGAUUGGCAAAGCUGCCUUCAUUUGAUAGUUAAAGCUCUUUUACUGAUUCACAUCCUGAGUUAUGAUUGUGAACACUUUAUCCAUCAGAAUAAGAAACAGUUUAUUCUCCAAGAGGGGGAUCUUUACCCCGACUCUCCUCAGAGACUUCAGUACAGAGCGACAGAGUAGGGUACAUAUGUUUUCAAGGCUCCACUUCAACCAUGGUUACCCUGUUGUUUCCUCCUGUUGUGCUCCGUUGUCUUCUUCUUCUUCUCCUCCUUCUCCCCUGAGCCACUUCAACUGUUCUCCUUGUGCCGCAGGCUCCGGCUGCAAGAUGCGAACGUUGGACAGUGGAAUUGGGACCAUCCCCCUUCCUGAAUCCUGUUCCUUCUUCUCCUCCAUCCUGCACCUCCUCCCCAAAUCCUCAUCUAACCCAGAGCCGUCCCUGAGCCCUCCCAGUGUCCCCGGUUCCUCCAGCGAGGACGUGUCUCCUUCCCCGUUACCCCGGUGGAGAAUCCCCUCCGGCUUUAAGGACGGCAGCCUCGCAGGGGUGCCCAGCUCCCUGUCCGACUCCUCCGUGACCCAUAUCCAGUCAGUGCCUUUCCCCACUGUGGCCUUCCUCCAGCCCAUCCAACCCCAAUGUGAACCCAUCAUGACCUCUGCCAGUGUGUGUGAGACCCAGAACAGGCUGCCCAGACCACCACCAGGUACAGUAAAGACGCAGAAGUGUGGUGUUUGGGCUGCAGAAGCAAAGGUGAUUAAAAACACAUCUUAAAUCUGAGUAAUGUAAUUCUGCUAAUAUAUGAUCAUGAAUUGGGAUGAUCUGUCUCAGUUUGGCAUAAAUCAGAUUUAUAAGCUUUGAGACAAAAUUUGAGCAGAUGUAUCGACUUUUUGAUGUAAUGAGAUGUGCACAUGAUGCGAAUAAAAAGUGAAUCUUUCUGUCGUCCAUCAACAUCCUGCUGUUUGUUUAGAGAACAGCCACUGACUGUUCCGCUCUGAUUACUCUUCAUUCAUUUAUUCAUUCGAAGCAGCAUUUCAAGGUCAUGCUGGAGCUUCAUUCACAUGACAAAAUACAUCUCCCAGUGAGUCACUCUUGUCUGAUUUAGUUUGACUAUCUGUGCAAAUGACAUAGAAAGAAGAUAUGUCUAAAUAUAACUGAGUUUAACAGACUUCUGAAAGCAGCGGUGACACAGUGUGUCAUCGCUGUAACCUCGGUGUUAAUCUCCACACCGUUGGCUCUCCUGCAGGAGGACGCUGUGCAGACAGGGCUAUGCACUAAUCACGCAGCAUGUGCCAGAGAAAAACACUCAUCCUCACUGUCAAGAAGAGCUGUGUCUGUUAUGUGUUGAUGGUUUUAAUGAGUCAUGUUUCAGUAUGAAGCCUGAAGGGUUCUCAGUGUGACGCACGACUUUUAUUUUAAUCUGCACAGUUUGGAAGAGGGACUCUGGAAGAGAUGACUACUAACCAGGCUGAAUCUCAGUUACAGCAGCUGUGUCUCUCUUGAUUAGCUGAGGCUGUGUUGUUCUUUGAGACUUUCAGGUUUUCAGUUCUCACACAAAAACACAAUUUAAUGCAGGUUGCAGCCUGAAGUGGCAACUCUAAGUGGCAGAUUUCAGAAGCUCUAACAAGCUACUUCAUAAAACCAUAAAUAAGCCCCAAAAGUUGUGUCUAUAAAAUAGUCAAGCUGUAUUUCUUUGUUUCUUUGAAUGGUGAGUAACUGGGUUUUAUCAAACAUAAACCAGUAUAUAUAAAAACAUACUAUACUAAGACAUUAUUUUCAUCAGAGAAUAUGAUUUUUUAUCCUACUAAAAUAUGAAAUUUUUACCAUACUAUACUAUGACUUUUUUUUAUUUUUGUACUAAAAUAUAUUUUUAUCUUACUAUACUAUGCUAUUCUUACCAAACUAUACUAUAACAUUUUCUAUCAUACUAUACUAUGAGAUUUUUAAAAUACUAAACUAUGACUUUUUACAUACUUAACUUUGACAUUUUUUUAACAUACUAUAAUAUGACAUUUUUAACAUACUAUACUAUGACAUUUUCUAUCAUACUAAACUAUGACAUUUUUAUCAUACUAUACUGACAUUUUUUUUUCAUACUAUACUAUGAUUUUUUUAACAUACUUAACUAUGACAUUUUUUUAUCAUACUAUACUAUGACAUUUCUAUCAUUCUAUACUAUGACAUUUUUUAUCAUACAAUACUAUGACAUUAUUUUCAUCAGAGAAUAUGAUUUUUAUCCUACUAAAAUAUGAAAUUUUUACCAUACUAUAAUUUGACAUUUUUAUAGAUUUAUUCUAAAUUAUAUUUUUAUCUUACUAUACUGAUGACAUUUUUGUAUCAUACUGAAAUAUGACAUUUUUUAUCAUACUAUACUAUGACAGAUUUUUAACAUACUUAACUAUGACUUUUAAUCAUACUUAACUAUGACAUUUUUAUCAUACUAUACUGACAUUUACAACCGUUACUAGCAUGGUGUACCUAAUAAAGUGGCCGGUGAGUGUAUAUCAUACUAUACUAUGUCGUUUUUUAUACUAUACUAUGUCAUUUUUUAACAUACUAUUCCAAAGUAAUUUCAUCAUACUAUAUGAUGACAUUUGUAUCAUACUAUACAAUGAGAUUUUUAACGUACUAUACUGUGACAUUUUCUAUCAAACUAAUCUAUGACAUUUUUAACAUACUUAACUAUGACAUGUUCAAUCAUACUAUACUAUGACAUUUUUAACAUACCAAACUAUGACAUUUUUUUAAUCAUACUAACCUAUGACAUUUUUUUAAUCAUACUAACCUAUGACAUUUUUUUAUCAGACUAUACUAUGACAUUUUUAACAUACCAUAUUAUGACAUUUUCUAUCAUACUAUACUAUGAGAUUUUUAACAUACUAAACUAUGACUUUUAAUCAUACUUAACUAUGACAUUUUUUUUUAUCAUACUAUACUAUGACAUUUAUAUUGAACUAUACUGACAUUUUUAUCAUACUAUACUAUGACAGUUUUAACAUACUAAUCUAUGACAUUUUUAACAUACUAAACUAUGACAUUUUCUAUCAUACUAAACUAUGACAUUUUUUUACAUACUUAACUAUGACAUUUUUAACAUACUUAACUAUUACAUUUUUUUCGUACUAUGCUAUGACAUUUUUUAACAUACUUAACUAUGACAUUUGUUUUAUCUUACUAUACUAUGACAUUUUUUUACCAUACUAUACUGUGACAUUUUUAACAAACUAUAGUAUGACAUUUGUAUAAUACUAUACAAUGAGAUUUUUAAUCUACUAUACUAUGACAUUUUCUAUCAAACUAAUCUAUGACAUGUUCAAUCAUACUAUACUAUGAGAUUUUUAACAUACUCUACUCUGACAUUUUUAAUCAUACUGACCUAUGACAUUUUUUCAUCAUACUAUACUAAGGCCUUUUUUUUCAUACUAUACUAUGACAUUUUUAACAUACUAUACUAUGACAUUUUCCAUCAUACUAUAUAAUGACAUUUUUAUCAUACUAAACUAUGACAUACUAUAUUUAGAUUUUUUUUGUCACACUAUACUUUGACAUUUACUAUCAUACUAUACUAUGACAUUUUUAACAUACUUAGCUAUGAUAUUUUUAACAUACUUAACUAUGGCAUUUUCUUAUCACACAAUACUAUGACAUUUUUAUCAUACAAUACAAUGACAUUAUAAUGUCAUAGUUUAGAUGUCAAAGAUUUUUUAAAUUCAUUUAUAUGCCAUUUUUUAUCAUACAAUGCUGUCAUCACCCAGCUCAAAAGUCAGACAAAAGAAAGAGGCAGAACAGAGUCAACACAAAAUAUGAUUUAUUACAAAAUAAAUGGUUCAGCAAUGUGUGGGUCACUGUGUCUGUUGUUGGAUUAGUGGAAGAUGUGUAUUUGUAGCACGUUGUCAGGUGAAACUGUAACAUCAAGGAGGCUGAAGCCAACUAAACAAAACCAUGCUGCCGCAAUCUAAUAAAAAUGAGAGACAGAAAAAGACAGGGAGGGUUGGCAGCCUGGUCUUUUGUACCCUGGAAGACUGGCCAGGAACAAGCAGGUACAGCUAAACCCCGCCUACCAGCAACCUGCAAAAGAAACAAGAAAAACCUGGAAAAGGAACAAACAGUAAGUCCUGACUAGGCCUAAGGGUUGUCACAAAACUAUGAUAUAUAUAACAUACUAUACUAUGUCAUUUUUAUAACAUACCAUACUAUGACAACUAUUUUAUCAUGCAAUACCAUGACAUUUUUUUCAUACUAAAAUAAGAUUUUUUUUAACAUUAAAAUUUAAAAUUGUUAACAUACUAUACUAUGACAUUUAUAUCAUACUAUACUAUGUCGUUUUUUAUACUAUACUAUGACAUUUUUCAACAUACUAUUCCAUAGUAAUUUUAUCAUACUAUAUGAUGACAUUUUUGUAUCAUAUCAUAUGACAUUAUUUUUAUCAGACUAUACUAUGACAUUUUUAUCAUACUAUACUAUGACAUUUUCUAUCAUACUAUACUAUGACAUUUUUAACAUACUUAACUAUGACAUUUUUUAUCAUACUAAACUAUGACAUACUAUUCUUUGAUUUUUUUUGUCACACUAUACUUUUGACAUUUUCUAUCAUACUAAACUAUGACAUUUUUAACAUACUUAACUAUGACAUUUUUAACAUACUUAACAAUGGCAUUUUUUUUAUUACACUAUACUAUGACAUUUUUAUCAUAGUAUACUAAGACAUUUUUAUCAUACAAUACUAUGACAUCAUUUUCAUCAAAGAAUACGAUUUUUUAUCCUACUAAAAUAUGAAAUUUUUACCAUACUAUACUUUGACAUUUUUAUAAUUUUAUACUAAAUUAUAUUUUUAUCUUACUAUACUAUGCUAUUGUUACAAAACUAUACUAUGUCAUUUUUAUCAUACUAUACUAUGAGAUUUUUAACAUACUAAACUAUGACUUUUAAUCAUACUUAACUAUGACAUUUUUUUCAUACUAUGCUAUGACAUUUUUAACAUACUUAACUAUGACAUUUUUUUUCGUACUCUACUAUGAAUUUUUUAAUCAUACUCUACUUUGACAUUUUUUAUCAUACAAUACUAUGACAUUAUUUUCAUCAGAGAAGAUAAUUUUUUAUCCUACUAAAAUAUAAAAUUUUUAGCAUACCUAAAUAUGACAUUUUUUUUAUCUUACUAUUCUAUGACAUUUUUUUUACCAUACUAUACUAUGACAUUUUUUACCAUACUAUACUAUGACAUUUUUAACAAACUAUAGUAUGACAUUUGUAUCAUACUAUACAAUGAGAUUUUUAACAUACUACACUAUGACAUUUUCUAUCAUACUAAUCUAUGACAUUUUCAACAUACUUAACUAUGACAUGUUCAAUCAUACUACACUAUGACAUUUUUAACAUACUUUACUGUGACAUUUUCUAUCAUACUAUACUAUGACAUUUAUAACAUACUUAACUAUGACAUUUUUUUAUCAUACUAUACUAUGACAUUUUUCAACAUACUAUUCCAUAGUAAUUUUAUCAUACUAUAUGAUGACAUUUUAUUUAUGCUAUACUAUGACAUUUUUGUAUCAUACUGAACUAGUGCUUGGAUGUAGCGGGUUCGGAGAAAAGAUGUCUGACUUCCCAAGUUUUUUCACAGAGUAAAGAAGUCGACCUUGCGUGGCCUCCAUGCUUUUAAAUAGUUGGUCUCUUGAGGCAAACACUUUUUGUUGUAAACACCGACUUAGCUUUAAACCAGCUGUCACUCUGGCACUGAAAAUUAAACUCUAACUUUAUUUCAAUAGUGUUUCACUUGACUUGCGUUCAGGCGGUUGUUGCUUUAAAGUCAGAGAUACGAUUCCGUCAUCUUUCAGGAUGUCAGCCUGCGCUCUGAGCGUCACACGGAUCUCCUGACGCUGUGGAUUCAGGGUGAUAAUCAUGCUUUGUGCGAAGGUGUAAGAUGUCAGUCUGUUGGUGUCACUCUGUUCUACUAACUCCACGUUCGACUGCUCUUCCUGACAGGUGAGAAGAUUAAAUCCGACUGUCAGGAAACCUCUGAAAUGAGUUUGGCUAUGUGCUUUUUUGUAGGUGCAAUGGAACCAAAGAAAAUGACCUACAUCAAAUCAAAACCACGAGCCCCGCCGAGCCAACAGAAGGAACAAACCAGACUUCAGCUCGCCAACUGUAAGAGGACAGACUUCACGACAUAUUUAUGGUCUUUGCCCGCUCCUUUGAUACAAAUGCUUUAGUUUUAAGACAAUUAGUUACAGUUUUAUUUGAUUUGCAGAAAUGUUCUGAUUCCAGAAAAGAAACUUAUUUUGAUUAACUUUGAGUUUCAGCCUUGAAAAUUUAAAUCAAUGUUGCAUUCAGAAAAUAAAACAAAAAGUAACCGUCCAAACUCAGAGGUCAAAAUACUUUUGUGACAAAGACAGGCUCAGAAACUGGUGGGUUUUCUUUAACUCUAAAAUAGUUUACUGACAAACUUGAUAAAAGUUUAAAGAUCCUCAUUGGCAGUUUCAUUGGACUGUAAAGAUAAAUGGAGAGUCUGCCUCCAGUGUCUUCGUCAGAGGGACUCAAACUUUGUCUUUCCAAACUGCCUCUGUAGCCCCAAGCCUCAGAGAUGGAGAACGUUUUCAUUUUCCACAUUAUAACGACGGAGCAGAUUACCUUAUCCUCACAAACAUUAUGUACUCUAGUAAAGUAUAUCAUCUGUGGCAGAACUUUUAUAUCGAACCAAUAUCCAUCCCCGCUGGGCAGAGACUCAUAUUCAUGGCAGCUUCACACAUGACUGACACGAGUUUCACAAACACUGUUUUAACGUGGGUGUGCAGACUUGAGUGUGUUUUGGGAGAAGCUUUGAAAACGCCUCGGAGUCAAAAACCUGCCACAGGUCUGGAGCUGCACAAGAGCUGUUUAUGAGCCUAUAAUGGACAUGUGGUGCAUUUCCAGAAGGGAAUUAGUUUGGUUCAGGACAGUUUGAUUCGGUUAUGGUUAAACCCUAAUCUUGCAGACUGUACCCUACGCUUGUGCUUCAUGCAGGAAGUGUUUGGCUGUGUGACAGCCUAAGAGGGGCUUCUCUAGUUGGUAUAACUAGAGAAGCAAGCAGUCGGCAACAUUCAUCUCUCGAGGGGGUGUCUAACUCAGUGUUACGUUGUGUUUGACCCUAAAUUAAAUUUACACCAGAAUAUCCCUUUAACUGCAAAAAUCCAUAAACCAGCUCCUUCAGUUUCCCUGCUGUAAAUGUGAGGCUGUCCUCCAACAGGAAGUGUUUGAUCAUGUUUACAGUCAGCCGUGCUACAGGAUGUAACUGUUGUCUGUGUUUCUGUUCCAGAGUCCAUGAAGCUGAAUGAGUGGACCUGAAGUGUGGUACUGGGCAAUCAGCUGGGUUUAUCACUCCCUCACACACAGAGGACCCCUAAAUCUCACAGUCUGCACACUUUGACGCUGUAUCAGGAUGAAGUACUCACCACUGGACUCUAAGUGAAUUUGGCAUCGCGAGCAUCCACCUGCGCUCAGUGUGGAGCUGAGAUACUGAGUUUACUUUCAGGUGCAGUCAUGAAGCUUCUGGCGGCCAUGUUGGAGGUUUGCAGCUCGCUGGCAUCAGCUGUGAGCAGCUGAUUAAAUGUCUAAAUGUAGCAGCUCUGCCGUCUCUGGACUGGAGUCAAACAAACGUCUGAAAAAGUAGCAACUUAAAACAAAAAUGAGUGAUUUUUCAGUUCAGUAAUAACAGCGAAGCUCCUGUAGCUCGGUCAUGGCUAUCUGCUAUCAUCACCAUCUCACACAAGCUAAAGGUCUCGGUUUGAGUUCAAGUCAGCGGUCUAAAUUCUGCAUCGCUAAGACGUUACUGCACGUAAAGCUAAGUGAUACCUGAGUGAUAUAUGUUGGGCACAAAGUAGAGCUAACGGCUAAAAAACAAAUAAGAGAAAAGGGAGUGAAAAUGGACACAAACCCGCUGUCACAUUGUACAACAAACAUCUGCCUGCCAAAACCUCAUUUAGCUGCUCGGCCUGCCGUCACGUUAACUCGCACUAAUGAAAGACAGCAGGCCUCCGUCUGAAACAGAUCUAAAUACAGAAGCAAUCAAUAAGGAGCGAUCAAUAAGGAGACAUAGCGUUAUUUAAGGUGACACAACAUUAGCAGACGUGUUUGCCUGGUGAAAGUUCGACAGGCAGCAGCUGUCCCCUCCACACUGAAUCUUGUAGUGAUUCUGGAUCGUACCGGUCGACUUUCACCCCUGAUUAUGACUCAAACACAACCUGGGAAACUUGGCUCAUUUACUGACUCUGACACACAGCUUCACCAUUUCUUUGUCUCAUAUCGAAGGCCAUAAUAAGGUCACUGAAGUUAUCCUCAAAACAACAAAUUCCUCACUGAACAGAUCUGCAAAGUGAAAAUACCGAAUUCCUUUUCUUUUCAGGCGUGGAGAAGGUCAGCCGAGUUUUGUGCGAGAAACAGAAAUCACAGAAUAAAGAUCAAUUCUGGUUCUGGUUAAAUACUGAGUAAAAGUCUAGGAGCGUGAGAGCAGAUCACCACUGACCAACCUUUACUCUGUAAUCUGAGCUACUCAACACUGACUUUUGAGUCAUGAUAACAAAACUGUUACACAACUCCUGCAUAGAAAAGAUGUUUUAGCAGUGAAUGUAAACUGUGAUGGGCAGUUUUAGGGAGAUAGAGGGGCUAGAUGUGUCUCUGGUAGCCAAACAUAUCCAGAAUCUAAUUUUUAUUACCUCUCUCAAUGAGAGGGGGGAGAAAAAAUUAUAUUCUGUGUAAUAAAUUUCUAAAGUUUGUCCACAGUCCCAUAAGCUUUGCUGGCAGAGGCGGGAUUUAUGACCUAUACUGCAGCCCGUCAACAGAGGGUGCUGUUCUCGGAGUGGCUUCACCCAAUGAGGAGGCAGACUCUGUCCAUUCUUUAUACAGUCUAUGAUUUAAACUCUUCCUAUCCCCCCUGCAAUGACGGCUCCCUGGACUCCAUACCUAUCAGUCCUUCUGACAGUCUCCUGUAAUGUGUCAUCAUACAUAACGGUUGACUAAAUCCACAUUACCAGAGCUUUAAAUGGGACUUUUUUUGUCCACAGGGGGCGCCAAACUCCACUCAGAGCUGCGUCAACUGAUUAAUUCAUAUUUCAUUUAUGUCGGCGUAGUCAACGAUGCAAAUAAUCUUUAUCAUCGUAAAAAUUCUGUUUGUACAAAUGUGAUAUUUCGCUUAUUUGAUUCAGCCGUCUGUGAUUUUAAUCAAAGAAAAACCAGCUCUGGACUGACUGGUGUUACCCAACGUGGUUCUCCAUCAUGAGCUUCAUCAAAUCUGACUCAUUGAUCAGGCUACUUUUGAUCAACUGGUCCCUUCUGAAUCUUUAGCUUUCCAGACAUUUAACUCCAGCCAUAAAACCGAGCUGCUGUGUGUUAAGAGGCAGUUAGCGUACGGCUCAUCUGAGCAACUGUUUAACCAACCAAGCUGCGUGAUGUUUAAGCAAUGACUCGAUUCAAGUUUCCACAUUUAAAUAACUUUGCACAAGUAGAAACCGUUCCAGCUGAGGUCUUGUUUGGAAAAUGAUGAAAUGAAUGAAAAGUUCUGUGAAAACCCAGCUGAGCGAAGACGAUUUAUCCUGCAAACAUGAGCUUUGAGUGAAAAUUAAAUCCCGCUUUUUGUUUAAUAACUUUCUCAACUGUAAUUCCCACCAAACUCUGUCACUGAAGACUGCAAACUUCCAUCCUGAGGACUUUUUUUGUACAGCACUAACUACUGAUUGCCGUUCAUGAGCUCUGUACCUGACUGAGUAAUGUGAUCUUUUAAAGUGUGCACUAUCUUGUUGGAGUUUUUAUUUUUAUGUUAAUAAUCUAAACUUGCAUGUUGACACCUUACGGCUUAUUCUUAACGCAGAAAUGCAUCAUAUGAAACUGUUUUCUUUUUUUUGUAAUAUAAAGAGUUUCAUUACCGCAGCGAUCACGAUCUGUCAUUACCGGAGCAAAGAUAAUAUCUUUAAUUCACACCGUCACUCUGUAGUUUUAUCACGUAUCUGCUCUUGUAAUGAAACUCUUUGUAUUUUGCUCACAGUCUACAUCUCUCCACAUGAUGCCACAGUUAUGACAUCAAGACAAAGCAGUGAGUUUUGCAUGUAAUCGUAGUAAAGCACCCAGUAGGCACAUUGUAGACAUUGUUGUGCUAGCUCAGGGAAAACGCCAUUUACUGUCUCUGAUAGACGCUGUGGAUUCAAUAAGAAGAACCUCAACUUUACACCAUUUCACUUCAGCUCAACACUUCCCUCUCAUCUGUACAUUUACCUGUAAAAUAUCUCACCACGGUCGCUCAGUUACUCUCUGAAUUAUGUAUGCUGUGUCCUUUCCUCGUACUGUUUUUGGUGUUUUUCGAAUGCAUCCUCACAUAUUUGACAGUUUUAGCUACUUUGCGAUGUUUUCACCCCCUCCUUCACCUUCGUCAGCUUCAGCCUUUCGUGUGUAGAUAUUUGCCAAAACUCACAUUGCCAAACACCGCUCUGAGCUCAUCGCGCAUAUACAGAAAAAUGGAUGCAACUGAACCUACAUAUCAAACUAUAGCCAUAUUCUUGGACGCAUUAGAGACAGUUUCACCUGAUGUAGAGCACUGUAAAGUUGCACAAUAUCACCGUACAUGUCAUCUUACUGUAUUUACCUCCUCUUUAACUCACUUGCUACAUGUAGAUGUUGAAAGUCAUAUUUGUAAAACUGAAGCAGAGUUCCUGCCGACAGCAGCAGCAGCGCAGGUGAACUGACUAUGUAGCGUGUAACAGGUGAGGUGAGGUGUUAAUGAUCAGGGAACAGAUAGGCUGUAUUGAUACGGGUAGAUGGAGCAUGGUGUCUGUGUUUAAGAAAAAAAAAAAAAAGAAGCUCACAUAACGAAAGAGCGACACUCUCACAAGAGUAUUGUAUUUUUUUAACAUUUACUCUAACGCCCUGUAUUUGUACUCUGCACUGAUGAGUGUAACUUACCAUUUAUUGCACAUAUUCUUACUCACUAUUACAGUAAUGCUCCUUCUAACUGUUUUUUUAUUUCAGAGCCCGAUAAUAACAGUGAUGUUUUUGUGUGGCAGUCACCUUAGCAGUACAAACUGAGAGUUGUAUAUUACUGAUAUUCUUUGUUUUAUGUAAAAGAAGAAGGAAAAAUAAACUAUUUCAAUACUUAUACAACA